GCACAACAGAACACCAUGAUGGUGGCCACUCAAUGCUGGGCCUCUUUCAACAGUUUCAGAUAAUAAUGCUGUGAUACUGGUGUCCAAGACAGUGAGCUGGUGUACAAUAUUAUGGCUCCUCUGGUUGUAUUGAUACAUUGAAUGGCACGGAAGGAGCAUUUUUGUCAGGCUGUAUGAAGAACUACUAACCGCUAACCAGGUGUUCUCCUUAACCUCAUAAGUGUUGUCACAAUCACUCCUAGUUUAAACAGCAUUUUCGGCCACAAACGGAGUAUUUCCAACCGUGCUGGGAACAACUGCACCGUGCUAACAUUGAACAAUGGUCGGUGGCUAACGCUAGCUCACGGUGACACAAAGCUCGUCUCAUUAUAGCUAUUUGUUAGGCACAAACUAAAAUGAUAAGAUAAUGACGAGGCUAAGCUGUGAUUUGUAACCACCCAAGCAGUUUAUAAAUACGUUAUAUUAAGGUUAUGGUGAAGGUUUGGUUCAGAGUAGUUUAGCUAGCAACGGUUGCUAGCGUAACGUUAGUGAAAGCUGGGAGCUGAGCGGGGUCUGCAGAUAUGGAUGUAAGUGUGAAACGUUACGCCCAAAAUCUGACUUUCACUUAAAAUUGAAAUCAAGAUACAUGUUUUAUUUGAUUUUAAGAUUCUUUUUAAUGGAGGCUAUUAGUUUAUGUGAGUAUAUCUAACGUAACGGUGGUAAAAGUAGACCCGUGUUCCGCCGCACUGCCCCGCCGGCAGGUCGGCAGCUAUGCCGGGGCUGGUCCCGUCUCGGCAGCCGCUGUCCCCGCUGACACACAUCGCAAACAAGGGGGAGGCAACCAGAGGGGGGUGUCUUUUUCUUCACCAUUUACGCGAAAUAUAAAUCUACUAGCCCAACUCCCGAUGUCUUUCCCGAGCAAUGAGCUCUCUCUAUGCUUUAAAGUGUGUUAUUUUCUUAGAAUUGCUCAGUUAGCCUGUCAGUGUGUUUCGCAUCCAUACGCUCGUCGGUAAAAGCUAGCAGACUAGCCUAGCUGCUAACUGUUAGCUGCGGUGGACCGCCGCCAGCUGACGCAAGUGCAGAUAUUUCCACCCAAGCUUUUUGGCUGCUCCCAUUCCCUAACCCAUCCAGCGAGGCUAAAUGGAUGCUGCACAGCCCCGACCGAUGGUUCACAUGCAAAAUGCACAAUUCAAAGAUACUUUUAAUGUUUUCUUACCUCCUAAAUCUAUGCAAGAUUUCUGUAAGCACGGGGGUAAUCAAUCACAACACAUGAAUCUGGUAGUUUAGGCGCGCCCUUAUCCUGCAGGACGUUGCUCUAGUAUCCCUUGUCUCCACAAAAAAAGCUCGGUCGCUAUGUUCUUAUUCCCACUUCUGACUGCAAAUAUGUGGCCGGAAAGCAGUGUAUUAAAUCUGGUGGUAUUUCAGGAUGCCAGUUGACAAAUACAGCAUCUCCUGUGUGCCUCUCACCUGCGGGAGACUAGCUUUCGUCUACUCUCAUCGUUAUUAAAUUCAAUAGAAUACUGUGACGACCGGCUACGGCACAUGCGCAAAUGAAAAGUUAGAUUUCAUUUCCCAGGGCUGUGAAUGGGGAUGGGUCUGCACGAAGACUGAGCUUCUUGGUACACCCUCCUCUUGUCUUCAGAAGUAGAUCUGCUGAUGUAUUAUAUUUUGUUCAUGUCUGCAGAAAUGUGGAUUUUUAUCGCCAGGAGCAUCCUUUGUAUCACAGUCCCUCCCCUCCCCCUCUGUCCCAUCCCAUCCCAUUCCACUCCAGCCCAGCAUGGGCUAUCCAAACACAAAAAGCCCCCCUUCUCUAAACCCACAAUCCUAGACUGUGAUGCACUCAUACUAAACAGAUGCAGAUGAAUCAGUUAUUAACUAAUCACCCUGUUUGCUUGCACAGUAAACAGGAUAUCAAUCCUUUAUUUCAAAAUGUUGUCUUCCACAUCUGGAGUUUGUUUGUAACCAAGUUUAAGUUGUUGUCCUAUGAAGCCAGACGUAAUAUUUAAACACUGUAAUAUGCCUAAAGUAGCCAAUUUAACUAAUAUCAGGCUACCAGACUGCUCUUGGGUACUGCUAAUCCUCAUAAUGAAUAUCUGUAAAAUACAGAAACAACAGUGAAAAUUAUUGUAAAUGAACAGCUUGUGAGUGCCAAUAAAAGAGUAACAAAAUGUCCAAACACAAGAUUAAAUCCCUUUUUUUAGGGGUUUUUAAUCACAUCAUGUCACCCAUGUCAUUUUUUUAGAUAUUAACAUAAACCUCCAGUGUUUCCUUAUCUUGAGUUUGAAAAUGACGUUUCCUCAGUGCGCACAUUAAUGUUUCCAUGAAAUCAAGCCCUUUUUAAGUUUAUGCAUUUUAAUACUGUUUCUGUUGCAAUUAGACCGUGAGGUGGGAAUGAGGGGUUGGCUGGGGUUGAUUUGGGUAUUCUUUUAAUCUUGGGUUGGGGUAAAUUUGGGUAUUCUUUGUUUCUUUUAUUCCUUUUUCUGUGUGAAGCACUUUGUGCUACAUGUUAUGUAUGAAAAGUGCUAUAUAAAUAAAGACUGAUUGAUUGAUUGAUUGAUCCUCAGCGACGUCAAGAACCACAUAUUUCAGUUCAUGAGCCAAUGCAACAAAAAGGUCAAGUCAGUAACACUUAUAUGAGGAUUAUUCUUCAUAAAUAACACAACUUUGGUGAGGCUCUUACUUUUUUGAUUUAAAAAAAAUCCAUUUUUAUUUGAAAAUUAAUUUGAUGUAGUUUGGUUGUCAAAUAGUUCUGUUGUUUGAGGGUUUCCGUCAUCUUAAGUGUGUUGAAUUUAUGGAUAAAAUAACUGGGGAAUAAGAAAAACAUUAACCUUUUCUCUCUUUUUCUGCUUACUUCAAAAAGGUCACUGGGUUUGGAACCAAUUCCAGUAUGCAUCAGCAGAUGGCAGGGAAACACCACAAGGAGCUGCCAAGACUUCCACAGGAUUUACCAAGGUAGCCAUACACAGUAGUUCUCUCAUUUACACCUUAGAGUAAAUUAAAUCAUGUCCGCCAUGAGCUGUGGGAGGAGGUUAAAAUAGGGAGAUGUUCCAAACUGUUUUACAGCAGGACGAAGAUAAGUUCACUGGAGAGACAUGAACAUUAUCACCUGACUGUUUUGUCUUCAAAGUUAUGUAAAUGCUUCUGCUGAAUCCCAGUUAAACCAUGUGAGAAGCUGUGUGAGAAGAGCUUGCUUCGUUUCCUAUUGAAUUACUGCUCAGAUCAUUCAGGGAGAAGAAGUUUCUUGAUCGAAUUAGAGUUAAAUGUUUAAAUGUGUUCUGUUACAUAACGACAUGUAGACCUGUUAUUGGGUUCUUGGCAGAACAUGGAUGCAUCAGCUGUUUUUAAUAAGGAGAAGAUUUUUUUUCCUAAGCUGUUUGCAAACAGUCUUUUUGUUUGUGUUAUUCUUUGUUGUGUUUCACGAUCCACCAACUUUUGAAGGAAAAAUCCAACUUUUUGGUUAGUAGAGUCUUCAUUGUCUUUGGUAGCUACCUUCCUGCUUUGUCUGCUUAAUGCGGGGUGGAUGAAGGUACUUUUUACACAAAUCUUCCUGGCACCAUGACUUACAAAGUACACGUUCAAAACAAACACAUUUAAUAGCUUCCACAGGGUAAAAUAAUCAACUCCUCUACAAAAUUCCCAUUUUCAGAGCAAGGUUUUGUUCAAAUAGUGAAAACAGUAAACCUUCAUGUUAGGUUCCUUCACGAACCUUUCAGUAACUUUUGACACAACAGUUUGUUUUGUUCAGUUUGGAAAGUACCCUCUCAUGUCAGUACAUCACAUGUGCUUUCCUCUGCAUGAAUGCUUUCAUUAAGUCAAGAAACAAAGGCAGAGUUGAAUUCUCGAACAGUCCUUACCUUUCUUUGGGGAUGCUUGAACUUCUUGUGGUCUCUCUCUGGUUUUCUUUGGGACAUCAAAAGUGUUCUUCAUCUGGGACACUUUCACACUCGGGUUCUGCUCAGCCACUCGAACCUGAGCUUUGACUCCUUCAGGUUUGACUCUGUUCUGAUAUCUCUGAAGUUGAUUUGUCUCUUUGAUAAUUUCAGAUACUGGCUUGUUUGAACCCAUCUCAUGUCCUCUGUCCCUGUCAUUACUGUAAUCACUCAUGUCUUUAUAGUUACCAUUUGUAGACUGGACGUCAUUGCGUACCUGUGUGCUGGCUCUGUCAGAUAUGGGCUCAUGGUAGGUUUCUCUUGUCCCAAAACAAAAAGAUUUUGGUCUCUGGACCUUACUGUCUGCUGUGGCCUCAGGUAUAUGUAAAGUCUCUGAAGACGCAUAAGGAUUUUGGGACUUUUUUGCAACAGGCGGUUGUGAGCUUUUAAAUCUUGAUCGUCUCUCCAGGAACACUCUUCUUUGCAACAUGUCGAGGUUCUGCAGGUCUUCCUCUGGGGACAAAUUUGCCAUUCGAUCACAAUAAUCAAAGUCGAUCAUGUCUCCAAACUGAUCAUCCAUGGGUCCAAGUGAGGGCUCCCAUUGGCUGAGGUCAACCGAUAGCCGCCGAAUGUUGGUUGGCAGAGUAUAGGUGCUCCUUUCGUCCCACAGCAAGCACAUGUCCUGAUUAGUUGGAGCGUUACAUGGCAGGAAUUUGUUGAAAUCAAUAGUGUGUCUUCUCCUGAUCCUCUCCUCUGAACGCAAAUGACCUUUGUUUCGUCUUUGCACAUCAGUAGACAUUAACUGUGCAGUUUUGAGCUUUAUAAAAGGAUUUUUAGGUUUUUUAGGCACAGGUGGAGGAGGGCCUUUAGCUUUGGGCUUCUCUUUCGGUGUAGACUCAGCUGUAGAGUCAAUUGAGACUGGUGUGGCCUGAGAAUCCUCCAUUCUUGUACUGGAUUGCUCUUCCACUGAUGUAUCUCUCAUGGGCAACAGAUGAGUUACAGGUGGAGGAGUAAUGACUGCAGAGAAACAAACAAGCUCGCUCUCCCUCUUUAGGCUGGCGAUAUGUUUCCUUUCAUUGCUGACUCCAUUCCUUGGUAGAGGAAUAGCAGGAAUCUCAUUGAUUUGUUCCAAUGAAAAUGAGACAUCAUCUUGCAGUAAUGGUAUAUCAAAGCCAGGGACCUCUGGGAGGCUCCGCUCAGAUUUUUGGUUGAACUCUUGGUUGUCCUCCUUCUUGGUGCACGGACCAGAAAUACCUUCUUUAGCCCUUCUAGAGACGACUCCAGCAAACCUGCUCUUCUGAUGGGAUGGAUCAGCUUCCACUUGUUUUCUAGAAGGAUCCACCUUUUCCAAGCAUGGCUCCAAACCGCCACUGCUCUUCCUAACUAAUACGUGCUCCUUAUUAAAGUUGGUUGUGACUUGCUCCUUGCUACGGUCAUUCCUGUCAUGUUCCCUCUCUGCUGUUUCUCUACCAGUUGUCUCAGUGUGAGUAGCUCCAACAUGAUUGACUCUUUUUAGCCGACACCUGCUGCCUGUCACUUCAGCCAAAUGUUGACCCCCUUCCCUCUGGAAACCCUCUGUGGCUGAGCAGCCAGCAUUUGCCUCCAAGCUGUCAGUUGUGACUGAAACUGUAUCAGACUGUCUCCUGUUUGUAUGGGCGUGCCUAGAUGGUUGUUGAAGACUGUCUUCACUGUAGCAAUCAAAAGUGUUGUUAGCUAUUCUUUCGAUAGAUGGCUGAGAAUCCUUAGUUUUUAUCCCGCCGCCAGAGGUGAUGUUAUUUUCCCCAUCAGAAGACGUCCAAGUCUCGUCCCUCUCCAGCACCACAAAGUCUUCCUCAAGACUGGGGUCACAUGAUGCUGUGAGACUCUUUGUCUGAGAAUCAAGACUCAUCUUAGGGUGGCCAAGUUUAGAUUUUUUCCCAGUUUCCUGCUCCUCCAUAGCUGUAGUCCCGGUUGAGGCCACAGCCUUGCUUUUUAGGUUUCGCUCUUUGUUUGAAGCUUGUCUCACCUCCUUUGAGCUUUGGACAGUUUUUGACUCCUCUGAACUUGAAUUGGCACUCCGGCUCUCCCUAUCUCCACCCACCCUCUCUCUCCUGGUCUUUGGAGGGUGCUCCUGCUGACCUAGAGGGCUGAUUGGCUGCCCAGUUUGGGGGUCUGUACGUGCAGUAGUGACAGUAAGCCCCCCUGCGUGCCCAGAGACCAUGCUGCUGAUACUGAUCCCACUAAUCUCACCAAUACUCCCAGGGGUCACCAAACUGCCAUCGUCCUGAUCUCUGAUCUCAAUUUGUUCUGCUGUCUUCAAUGUUUCUGUCACCCCAGUUUGCUCUGAACAAUCUGAAUUUUCAGGAGAUUCUUCAUCCUUUUCAGAAAGCUUUUCCAGCUUCUGGCCCAUAGUUGUUGUUUUGUCUUAGCAUGAGGGAAAGAGAGAAAAUUGUCAAGACAUAGCAUCAAAUUUUUAUGGAACUCAAAAUUGCAAACAAUUACAGCUUGCCUUCCCAACUAAAUGAAAUCACACUACAGACAUUGCUGUCUAUUUUUAAUUCCUCUGAAUCUUUCUCUAGUUUAGUAUAUUCUUCUAUACUGCUCACACUUGUCCUUCGAAGGCCUCUCCAUCUAUCGUUCCCUAUUCUGUUUGGAAAGGAAUGCUAUGGUGGCUAUAAUUAAAGCGGGUCUGACUGCUGCCAGUGAGUCAGGGGGCAAAAAAAGAAACAAGACAAGUGAGAUAAGGGGUCAGCCAGGUCUGGUUCCAAGGUUGAAUGAAACAUUCAGAGAAAAUGUGAUGCAAAUGCUUCCAAUUUACAGACAUUAAACUGUUAUAAUAAAUUUAUUAAACCAACUAUGAUUCUUUGAACUCAUUAAGUAAUGAAAUUAAAGUUUAGUUUUGUCUGAUCAUUGAGUCUCAUAACUAAUUUUGUAAACAUGUCCAUUCAGAGUCAUAAAAGUAUGAGACUGCAUGCACUGUCAAUUACUGGAGACAAGGCAUGUUGGUGCUGUGUUUACCUCGGCUGACUGUUGACGGUUGUUUUGGUAACAGGGUGUACAGAAAGGUCACCUGGAAUAUUUGAUUCAAGUCACAAGUGCCUUGACUUCUGAACUGGAUUGUUUGUUGGGGCCUUGAUGAUAGCCGAGUUUAACCCCUGACGUGAUGGAUGGUUGAAGUGAGAUUAAUGCAGGGGGAAAACAGCUCAACGGACUUUAAAGUGGCAUGUGGGAUAUGAGUAUUUUUAGAUGACAAACACGCUGCCGUGUGCACGAGUAUUGUCCUGCCAAAAAGGUUUUUCAGGAAAACAAGCUGAAGUUAAUUUUGACGAAUUCACGCAAAAUUCCAAGCUUAAUGUGCUUUGAGAUUGUCAGCUGAAAGGUGAGUGAAGACUGGGAGUUGACCAGACCGCUUCACCCCUACAUCUACAAUCAUGUGCUCUGCUGCUUAGGCUAUUUCAAGCCUGAGAGGUGUUGAGUGACACUUUCUUUUCAGACCUGUGCAUUCAACUAACGCACUAAUACCAGAUGCAUAUGAAACAUUUCCCCUGAAGGCCUGGCUUUUGUUAUAUUACUAGAAAUGAUAUCCUUGUUCUUUAAAGUGUAGUGCUAGCCUUUCUGAGGCUCUUGUAAGACAAACAUUUGAGUUAUUAAAUUCAUAAAAAGGAAUUAAAAACGCAUAAUGGGACAAAGAAAUAAACAGAUCAAGCCAGCAAACAAAAAAUGUUUAGAGUGCAUGAAAACAACGGUAGUAAAAAAAAAAAAAGAGAUAAAAUUUCCAAAUGAUGGUAAGCCUAAAAUACUCGCUUGAAGACCAACAGUAUAAUGAGUACACAUACGCAAAUGAAUGGUUGGCUAACCAAGGAUGAAUUAUAGUUAAAAGUAAUAGAAAGAAUUUAAGCAUCCACAGUGCAGAUGUGUAAUCGAUCUUAAAAAAGUAGAAAUUGUGGUCAGAAUUUAGCAUUUAAGAACAGAUAUUUAAUAGUUAGCUUAGGGAAAUUGAUGAGUCUUCCGACAAGCUAAAGAUAUUGGAUAAAUAAAAGUAUAUAAGUAGACCAAUGAUGAAUAAAUAGUUAAGAUAAAUGGCAAGAUUAACUUUAGUUCACUUUGGCUGUGGCGUGCUUAAUAUAUUGAUAAAAAUGUCUCUAUGCUGAUGAUACAAUUACUUGAGUUCAGUCUGCAGAGAAGUUUCAAACAUGAAAAACUUAAGCAUCAGGCUAAAUUUGAUUAUUCUUUUCACAUUGUUGCCUCAUGCCUCCUCACCAUGCCUCUUUGAUUGUAUUAGAGUGCGAAUAAAUCCAAUAAUAUGGCACAUGCAUAUUUAGCAUACUUUAAGUGUUAUAAUAACAGUGAGAGGCACCCGUGAGAGUCAGUGGCCUUUAAAACUAACUUCACCCUCCCACUUCCCAUCUUGUCUCAUGCUUCAAUACUUAGCACACAGUUAAUGCUAAACUUGAUUACAUAAUUUUAAGCCCGGUUUUUAAAAUGAGUUGCACUUUUCAGAAACAGAAUACUUUGCUUUCCUUUGAGACCUGUUGGUGUAUAACAUGUAAUGUGCUGAAUUCGUACUAGUUGGUGCGACAGGGUGUUCAUCAGAUACAUAAACUAGUUUGAAUGUAAAAUUUUCAUAGCAUGCUGCAGGACUCGGUGUUGUAAAAAGUUACACAUGUUGUGACUGAAACACAGUAUAACAAAUAUCUGCAGUGUACCAGCUCAAAACAGACCACUUCCUCAGGUUAAGUAACAUGGUCUAGUAUACAUAACCACAGGAGCAUACUGUAUGCCAUGUACACAACAGACGUAUGUUUUGAGUGGGAAUCAGUCUGUUUUUGAGGUAAACAUCAGCAUACAACUCAAAAAUUUAAUUCCUUUCCUUGCUUGUUAAAGUAACAUUUUUAUGACAGCCUGGACUUUUUAAUUCUGAUAAUUUCCUGUUCAUGGUCUGCUGUAUCGAAAUCAUUUGGUUGCUCUCACCAUAGAGUUACGCUAAUUCAAAUGAAAAAUUAUUCAGAGGUACUUACUGAUGUGGCUGCUUUAAGCUGAUGCUCCGUCUGUCCGCUGUUCUGUUAGACAUCGGCCUCUCUGGGAGAUCUUCUCCUCAUGCAGUCACCUGGCACAUGAUGUCAGACUGACUUCAUUUGACUAAUUCAAUAAGUGCGCUCCCUGGGCUGUCCAUUUCACUAAAAGAGCAAGGGAAGGCUAGAGACAGGCAGACUAUUCAUACAGUAUGAUCAGAGAUAAAGGUAUGUAAAAGGUAACAGGCUUUCAGUGAGAAACACCCCGCCGACUUCUGGAAUAACCAAGGGAGUAAAUGAGCAGAGAAAAUGGUUUAUUUCCAUGAUAAACAUUGGACUGGACAUCAGUUUUAACAAAAUGUAAAAAAAAGUGCAUUACACAUGAACAUUGGCGAUGUACAGUACAGUACACAAAAGGUAACAUAAACUGAUAAACAUAAAAAAACAUCAGAACUCCCAGGUAGAUACUUUUUGUUCAACAUUUUCCACCUCACAUGCUUAGGGGCAGACUUGUGCUUUAUAAAUACACUCUUAAAAUGCCCGAAUCCCCCCUUUAAACUGCAGUAUGUCCUAAUGUUCUUCCUCACAAAGUCUUGAAUAGGAUUGUCAGUUUGAUGCCUGCUGUCUGGGUAUAAUGCAAUAAAAAGAAUUCAGUCGAAAUUAGAGAUUGCCUUUUUCUUUUGCUGUGGUACAAACACGAGAACUUAAUCAUGAGUCUUCAAUACACAGUAGUUUUAUCAGUGCUUUUCAUAAUAUUGACCACAUCUGCAAGCUUACGGACUCAAGAGCAAAUUGUAGAGAAAAACUAUAUACAGGCUUGUUAGUUUUGAAGACUUAAUGUUUGAAUGUAAAUGAUAGUUCUCAUUCCAGCAGGUAAGGUUCUUCAGCCAGCUAUUGAACCAAUACAGUGUACCACAACACCAAACAAAUACCAUUAUCAUUGUAGGCUAUCGAUAAAUGGAAGUCCAUCAAGUAUGCGUGUAACGGGGCGUAGGGCGCUGUUGUGCAUGAGCUUAUGUGUGUGUGUGUUUGCAUACAUUACAAUAUGUGCUGAGUUAUACAUAGCGGGGAGCAUGACUAAUAUUGGGAGUGAGGAAGUAAUGUACAAAAAAAGCCAGACCAUCAGCACUCUCACAGAAACUUGGUACAGCCUGUGAUGUUUUUUUUUCUUCUUUUUUUCUGAUGGAGCAAAGGCUACGGUUAAGGCACUUAAAUACGAAAACAAGUUCAGAGCAUGGAGCGAACAACCAAACAUAGUGCUGUGGUCUGGGAGCUCAAAAUGAGGUUUGAGUGCUUUAAUAUCAGCUAUCAGGCUCACCUGCCAAAAUGACAUACUUGGAGUGACUGGCUUAAAUUAGAUUUAUACUAUUUAUAUGUCAGAGGAGUAGUGAAACGUUUAAAAGUUGGCUUACUUUUGUUCCUUUUUUUAGCGAGAGUGAGUUAAAAGUUGUGUCCUUCUCUGACUUAACGUGAAGCUAAAGCGAGUUAGCUUUCUCUACUGCUCCCAACUUCUUGCAUGCUUUUUUUAAAAACCAUAUUCAGAUCUCAAAAAAUUGACAUAACAUUAAAAUAAAGCUUUAAGGGUGUUGCUUUUUGGCUUCCAAGUAAAGCCACAUCAGCUGCCUCCUUGUUUACAGUCUGCUAAGCUAAGAUAACCAGAACUUGAUAUCAUAUUCCUCUCCGCUACAAAGCAAAUGCUCACUUUCAUAAGAGUUAAAACUUUGAUUUAGUCUUUGUAGUAUUUCUAAGCUGCAAAUUCUUUCAGGAACUCAAUGAUUUUUUUUUUUAAAGUUUGUAAUUGUUACAUCUCCAACAGCUUAGUGCCUUGGUUACAUGACUCUCAAAAAACUGUGUUUAAUAAAGGGAAAGGGCAGGUUAAAGGCAAAAACAAAAAACUUUAAUCUAACUACUGGAGCAAACCUGCAGCUCCCUGUGUUCAAGUCAGUCGUGGAGAAGAAACAGAAGAUGCAUUGAUGAUAUUUGUAAAGAAAUCUAAUUAAACUAAAUAUAAAAAAACCCUACAAAAUAUAUACACAAUAAUUCCUAUUUAAUGAGGGUUAACUAGUUUGCAUUCAUUCAUUGCAGUUAUCUUUUUUCCUGAAGCACUCAUAUCUGUAAGCACAGUAUCAACAUGUGCAUUCGCUUUUCCUGCACACAAUCAGGCCUCAUCCAGAACUAUUUAGCACACCCAGCGUGCCAAACACAGUAAGAACACAACAUCAUCUAAAUGCAAGAACACCCUGUGGCACAGCAACUUUGGAACUGGUGGCAAAUUGAACAAAACAGGCAAGAUAAGAAGUCAAAAACCUGCGAGUGCUGGGCUUUGCACUCCAAGUUAAAUAAAUAUAGUGCUUAAAUGAACGUCAUACAGCUUAUUUAAAUACCUAAUUUGGUUAUUUUUAAGUUAGAAUAAGAAGGACUGGAGCUUAUUUUGUUCUUUUUCACAAAGACUAUUAAUUAUACUUCAGAGGAUUGACCCUCCUCUUCAAGCAAAGUACCUUUUAGAAGAUGCUUUCUUUGUAAAGUUGCACUUUUUGCUUGAGUGUUGACAAUUUAUUGUAUUAAAUGUAGCUGAAGUAUAUGUGUGCACUCUGUGAAUGGAUACAAGUGUUGUGCUUGAGUGCUUCACCUAUACAUGACUCAUUUUGUGUUUCUGUUUGAUUUAAGAGUUGACUGAGAGUGAGCGAGGUGCAGCCAGAGUUCAAAUAAUUAGUGAGUGUGUGAAAACUGUGUUCAGGUGACCAACUGAGCUUGGCUACAUGAUAUGGCUUUGUUACAUCAGGAGUGAUCUGACCAAGAACAGAGUAAAAAGUGAAUUUCAGCCUCUUGAUAUUGAAAGAAAUGAAUGUGAAGAGCUUCAACACUUAAGUUUCUUCAUGUUUCUUUCACUUCUCAUUCUCUCCAGUAAAUAAAAAGAAUUAAACCAGCUGAACAACUAUUCAGUAAGCGAUUGCACCGUUUUGAUACUUCAACAAAAUGCUUGAUUUCAAACGUUUUUUUCCUGCUAUUUCAACUAAAAAGGUAAGACAACUUUGAUGUUUUCAGUCCAAGCAUGUUGAAGAUAUGUUAUGUAAUACUGCAAGUCAUGCGUGGGCUCAAGUGAGCGCUUUAACUACAAGAUUACAUUAACUUAAAUGGAGGAGGUCGAGUGAACUCAGCCACUGAGCGGAGACAACAAAACAGUCUUUGACCAAAACAGUCUGAGAUGCUUGUGGUCCGAGGUACGACGCUUUACAAAGAGGCAUCAAAAAGGCUCACAUAGGCUCACAUCCUUUUAAAAAAAUGAUUAUGCUCUCACGUGAAAUGCCCCAAAAGCAGCUGCAGCGAGGAUAGUAUCAGGGAAGGUAAACGCGGAUUCAGUAAUCGGUGGUAACAUGAGGAAAUACUGAACUACAAACAUUCACUGAGCUCCUUCAAGAGGACUGUGAAAGAUCUGGAUUGAAAAAACACACAGUACACUAAGAGAAGCAUGUUACUUGUGUUUUUUUUUUGUUUGUUUUUAUCAACAUGGAGGGCUAGCAAUAGCUUUUUCACAAAUCAGAAAACACCACUGUUCCUACUUCUUGUGUUUUGGGAGGUCAAAUGGCAGAUGAAGAACUUCACAGGGCUGUUAGGAAGGAGGGUGAUCCUUUAUGUAGGGGGGGAGGGCACAGGAGAGUCUUCAGUCCUUACCUGCGUGGUUAAAACAACCAGCUUCUUCUGGAUCUCAGUGCCAGUAGAUAAUGAUAAGAUGCUCUCUGUAAGUACAGUGAAGGCUGUUGCAGCUUGUAACAGUGCAGCUAUGACAGCACAGGUCAAGGCAGAGCUUCGUAUCUGGUACAGCACCACAGCAGCAGUUUUCAGAAAAAGCCCACAGCCACUGUCAUCCACCUAUCAGAGGCAGAGUCAAACCUUCUCCUUGAUCUCGUCCAUGCUCGGGACACAGUCUUUAGACAGGAGCCCUACUAGAGCUGCCCCUCCAUGGACAAAUUUGGAAGCUUCUCUAGCUGCUCUGCCCUCUGCCGCAUCAGUUCCAGACCAAAUCCAAUCCCCAGUCCUGGCAUUUGCAGCUGGAGCUCCACAGCACCACCUGCUGUCCCCUCCCUUGACAUUUGCUCUCCCACUUCCUGCGCCUGGGGCUCUUCCAUGUCCUCCGUCUCCGCGGAACUGCGAUCAAAAGGCAUGUCCUCACAGCUCAUGGGUGAGACCACCUUCUGUCUGAUGGUCAGUGGGACACCUGGGACGCAGGUGGCACAGCGGUACACAUGACUGCAAGGCUGGACAAAGUUUGGGGGGAUGACAGAAGCACUUUGCAGAGAUUGCAGGGUUGGGGUGGAGGCAAAGUUUGUCCCGGGCGGAUCUAUGCAUAUGGAGGGUACGGUGCAGUGGCGGGAGGGGUUAAGGCGGUGAGAACGGCCUCCAGCUGGACGGUCACAUCGCCGUCCUUGUGGUAGACGCAGGCAGUCUUUGCAGGACUGAUAGGAAGGCUUCACUUUGAGAGGGUUUCCUGUGCUUGCACUAUCCUACGAGGGGCAAAAAAACAUCAGAACACAGUGUCAAGAUCACAAAUCAAAGUAAACUGAACAUUAGCAUGGCUGAUAAUCAUUACAUGUUUGUUGUUCAGGACGACCACAUUUCCUCCAGUGUGAUACUACCGCAUUUUUCGCACUAAAAGGCGCACCAGCGAUGAACGUGUCUUAUUCGUGUCUAUUUUCAUACAUAAGGCGCACCGGAUUAUAAGGUUCACCCGAUUACAAAGCGCAUUAAGCCAAACAAAACAGUCAGAUAAGUCAAACUUUAUUUAACUCAUUCAAUAACUCCGCGAGGCUACGGUAGCUGCAGUGCUCCGACAGGCCAAAAGGAUUUUAAAUGCGCCUUACAGUGCGAAAAAUACGUAAUUUCUAUAAAACUUCUAUACAGCAGCGUAUUCAUCAGGCAUUAAAAGUUACUGUAUAAAUAUAGUCAUUCUUGUUGCUAAUGGUCUUGUUGCUUUUGUAUAUCAGUAUAAAUUUCAGUCUAUUUAACUGAAGUCAAAAACUCCCUAUAGGUGCUUUAAGUUGAUUGAACUUAUCAGUUGGCUUCUUCUACUUGUAAAUGUGUGUUUUUGUCAGACCAGCUACAUUAUACUAUGUACGCAGAUCUAGAUAUUUCUAGAUCUGGUGAAGUAAGACAUCUACUUUUAUCGCACAUUUGAUUGGUUGAUAAAAAGGACAUUAGCUGUGAUUAUUAUUUAUAAUGUGGUGAAGAUAUAUAUAAUUAAAGUAAUGUUGCUGUCAGAUCUUUUAUUGGUACUCAUAACAUGACUCUUAUCCAAUCAAAUGACUUGGUUGUGACUGCAUGAGUAUGCUGCCGACAUGAAAGCAUUUUGAGAAAAGCUUUUUAAAAUCGGAAACUCAGUAUUUUCUCUCAACUUACAUCAAAAGCUGCAGGGCAGCUGCGUUUAGCUGCGAGGCGGUUGCUGUUGUUGGUGUUCAGGUUAGCUAGGCCAAUCCGACUCUCCUCCGUCCUCUCUGCCUCCUUUCCUUCGGAGUUUCCAGGAGUCUGAGCCAACGCCGCCAUCUCAGCUUCCUCUUUCUUGGCCUCUUCUUCGUCCUCUUCCUCCAAAGUACUGAACUCCAGCCUCAGCCUCAUAUCCUCCAUGGGAUCAAGUCGCCCACAUGUCUGAGCCGCCGUACCCUCACCUGGCAGAGCUAAAUGAGCCAUGGGGAAACCCUCGUCCUCCAACAGGGCAUCCCUCUCCACGUCUUCAAUCUCAAUGAAAACUCUCUCCAUACCCAGCAGAGGGGGGCCCCGCACUGGAGUGGAGGGCUCGCUGUCCAGCGCAGAGUCCGACAGACGUCUGAAGUAAUAGUUGUAGUUCAGAGAGUCAAGGGGCUCCAUCUCCAAACCCAUCCUACAGGGUGAUGCCCCGCAGCCUCCCCAGGCCUCCUCCCCUCUGAGCACAGGUGUCUCCUCUCCUCCAGUGCUGUGGCCAGAGGCUUGUAAAUCAUCAGACCCCUCCUCAUCUGUAUCCGGCCUCCACAGCUUGUUGUGGCGCUGUUUACUGUCAAGGCAAGACAGUCACGGUGAGAUUUCUCUAAUGCACGGACAAUUUCAUAAAGAAAGUCAGUCAGUUACACCUAAGACACACCACCACCAACUUAAAUCUUACAAAUGUCAUCAUCAGCACAAAUCAUUAUUAUAAGAGGGAUGUACCUAAGACGAUCUAUUUUUUUUUUUAUAUGAGACACUAAUCAGGGGCAAGAUCCCAGAGGACUCGAGGAGACAUUGUGUAGACUAAAGUGGAGUUCAUGCCAUCCCUACAAAAGUCAAUGCUAGCUUGGCCACUCCAAUCAAAGAAGACACUUCCUGAGGCUACAACAAACUACAAAGACUCAACCUCCAUCUUGGUAAAAACUUGACAGCUUCUCAAACUCUUACAUUUGAUGCCAAGUUCGCAGUGGUGUUAAUCUGUCUCUGACCAGGGCACAGUUUACAAUUUACCACAACAUUCUUGUCCUUUUUGGCAACUAAUUUAAAGUAAGUGCAAACCUCCACGCCUCAAAAGACGUUGGUAAUUAUAGCCAAAUGUAAUCCAGUUACGGUAAUGUGUUACUACUGUUAGUUAAUUCCUCUUCAUUUGUAGGGAUUACAGAUCAGAACCUGGCAUAAUUCCUCGUGUCUAUUAACAAAAACACCCAGAGGACUUAAGGUUGCUUUGCAAAUUGCAAACCAGAGUGAAACUGUAUUCCCGCUUACCUUGCAUCCAGGAUCCCCUCGUAUUCUGCCAGCUGUUUCAUGAAGGCAGCGUUGGGCUGAGCUAUGCUCCGUUUCUGCUUCACAAAGUUGUAGGCUUUCUCCAGGGACCAGCCGUAUUCCUUCAUUGCAUAGGCAAUAACUGUGGAGGCGGACCGGCUCACCCCCAUCUUACAGUGCACCAGGCACUUGGAAUUGUUCUUCCUGUUGUACAGAAAAAGGAAACUUUGUACAUCCCAUUGUGUGGAUCCGGUAUGUCACGGUUACGACAGUGAAACAAUAGAAAUAUGGUAAAUAAAAAUAUGGCAUUUUUAAGAUUUACAGGCUCUCAGGACUCGUCUGUGAGAGCUCCAUAUGUCUCAACAUUAACCUUUUCAAUUUUAUCUCAAUAAACUUCCCUUUUCUGACUGAAGUUAGCAUGCCUGAUAGUUGCAUAGCAACCAGACUGAUUCUGAAUCAGAUCUCUCCUUACUCCCUCUCCUUCUCUCACCCUCUUUGUUUGUCACUGGAACAGCUUACAGCUUUUGUCUUGGAUUUGGGUGAAGGAAGAGAGACAAUACUAUGAGCCAGUCUAACUGUGUAACUUCAAAACAAAUAACUUUAGUACUCCCACAGUCCUGUGGACUCAUAGCUCUCACACCCCCUUAAUCUUUCCGUCCAAAGCACCUGCUCACUGAUUUCAUUUUCAAUCGGACUCUUACUUGGCUUUGACAAUAAAGUUGUACGUUUCGUUCCAGUGAGCCAGCAGAUCGGUGGCCUCCUCAUCAUACACGCGGACGUUGUGAUACGAGAACAGUCCUGGGAAGAAGUUGUCAAUUUCUCUGGUGACAUUCAGUAUGUAACCAACCCUGCAAAAAAACAAAACAAAAAAAAUAGAGGGUUUAACUCUUUUCUGAAAUAAAAAAACAAGGAAAUACAUCAGAUAGAAUAUAGAAUUGAUUGAUUGAUUGAUUGAAGUUUACUUUGAACAUAUAUAAAAAAAUAAUGAUAAAAAAGUAAAGAAUACAACAACAAAUGACAAAAAGUUAUUUAUGUUCAAAAAGGAUUGGAAAGAAGUCGAGACUUAUCUAGUCCCACUCCUUCUCCUACACUAAUUACUAAAUGUGAUUCAGAAUUAGACUAAAUGUGCACAAUAACGCAGAAUAACUCAUUGAGAUAAUAUUCAAAUUGUUGAGCGCAAUAGAUGUGCUUCAAUAUUUAAUUAAGUGCCUUUUUUAUUAAUCUUGGAGUUUUUCACUCUUGUGUUGGAGAUAUUGUAUUGUGAGCGGGUCAUUGUGUGAAACAGAAUCCGGGGAGAGUGACCCUGAUGUGUUUUGUCUGUCCUGUGGGGGUUUUAUUUCACAUUAUGACCUGCUCAGUAGACCUUAUCCUGCUUUUUACCCACUGACCAACUUGACAUACAAACAAGUACACACUAAGUAUUAAUUCAGAAAUGAUUUUAUUGAUUUAGAAAUGAUUUAGAAAUGAUUUAUUCAUGCGGUUUUAAAGAUUGAAUGGUUGGUAGCCUGUUGAUUGAAACAGGAACUAUAAUGAGCAUGUAGAUGAGAAAUCUUAAACUUAACUAUUAAUGUAUUGGACUCUACAGACUGAUUUGAUGUGGUGUGUGUGUGAUCUGCUUAUUCCUCGUGUUGCUCUCGCUCUUCUGGAUUAAUUACUGUUGUCAAGGUUUUUAACCAAUCAAAAUUAAGCAUUUAACACUGCAGGGUGAUUAGUUAGAAAGCUGGGCAAUAAUGUGUACUAACAGACAUACAUUAAUGAAGUUUACAACAUCAAAAUACAAUUAAAGUCCUUUAUUUAGAGAUCAUUUCAGAUAAAGUAUUCCUAAUUAGGGAUUGUGUGGUUUUUAUGUAGUCAGGAAAUACAACCUGUGUAAGUCUACUUACCCACAAUCUCGAAGUUCUUCCAGGUUGGAGGCGUUCCACUCAGAGCCCUAAAGAGGAACAAACACAGUCACUUAAUGUCCAAGAAUCACUGUGAAGUUAUCUGACUUUUUAUAACAGGUUUCAAACAUUAUCAAGGUGAAGGAAGAGAAUAUCUAAUGUAAUGGUACAUUAGAUAUAGCACAAUGAAAGAAACAGAGUUAAUAUUUACCAAGUAGACAUGGUCAAAGAUGAGCGUGGCCUUGUCCAUCUGACCAAGAAUCAGCAGCAUCUCGUUGUCAAUGAACUCCUUGUACUCUUUGAGGUUACAGCUCAUGUGUUGCUCCAGCUCGUUACGGAUCUGAAGACAAAGACAAGGCGGGAGCAUGAAACUCUCAGAAAGCCACAAAAACACAAAAGUGCAAAUAACAUCAAUAUUUCUGUGCCAUAAAACUGAGAAUCAUAGAAGACAUUUAUGCUUGCUUUCAUAAUGCAUCAAAUCCUGGGUAGUUGCAGGAUUUUGACACAUCUCUAAAUAUCUUUAAAACUCACGAAAAAAAGAAAAUCAGGUGUCUUUUUUUCUUGGCACUUACUUCCUUAGAGGUAAUAUUCUCCAGGUCUUGAAACGUCAUGAUGGUGCGUAGCUUGGCUUUAAUGAGACACUCUGUCCUCUCUCGCUCAGUCGGCCUGCACAUAAUGAGUCAAAGCAUCAGUGCUGCUGUAUGAAAAUUAACAUCACAGUGUAACCACAUGUUCCUGCAGCUGAAAACAAAGGACAGCCACAAAAGGACAACAGCUGGUGUCGAAACCAUUGAAAUCUAUUCUGUGACUGAGGACAUACACACACCACGAGUGUAAGAAACCAGCAGAAAGUGCUCUGCUUUGGUCGCACAAGGAUAAUAAAACCAGGUUUGGAUCAGAGCUAGAGCGAUUCAUUGAAAUAAUCAGCAUCACAUGGAGAGCAGGGCUCAAAUUUGAUCAAAUUAAAAACCAUCAUCAACAAAUAAAUGAUAUCAGUGUUAUAAAUCAGACAAUCUCUCAUAAACAGCAGUAGAGAAGCUGAUAUCACUAGUUUCAAUGCUUCAGCUGUGAUGUUGUAACCAGCUGCAUUGAGCUCCUCACCGGUCAACGAACAUGGUGGGCGAGUCCGGCCGUGUCGUCUCCAGGUCGGUCAUAGCGUUCCACUCAUUGAUGCAGCUCUGCUCGGAGGAGAUGCAGCUCUCGUAGAAGGCCAUCCAUGUGAGAGCGGUGCCCCCUGGGAAGUAGUUGAACCGGCGUGACACCUCGCAUGCUUUGUGGAGGAUCUGCAGGGCAGACCUGCAAAGACACAAAAGAAAAACUUGAUUGAAACUUUCCAGGAACUUUGAGGCCACCCUUAGUUUAAGUGUGUUUUCGAACCUAGCCUCUACCUAAACUUUUUGUGUGUUUUAGUAUCUGUUUGGCUCAAGUUGUUUUGGUCGAUUACCUAAGCUUGCAGCCUCAAAAAGAAAACAAAAAGUGCUUUCUACUGCCCCAGAUAGGCUCAGAAUAUCAUCACAGGUGUUUAAAAGGUUUCAAAAAUGGUAUUUCCUGGGGUCUGAUCUUUGUUGUCAGAGCAGGAAAGUGCUGUUAGCUACAUGGUUAUCCUCAAACCGACCAGUCUCCAUCGAUAAAAACAGUAAUUUCAACUUGGGAGAGACAGGAUACAAGUUUCUGGACAAUCUGCUACACUGGUUUACGAACACAGGUGCCGAUCAAGACAGUACAGGACACACAUCUCAAAUUCUUACUGAGUUUGGCAGUAGAUUCAAUACAAUGACCGUUUAUGUUAAACAGGCACCUUAUCUUACCAAAAAGCUCUUGUAAUGUCACUAUGUAUGACUAUCUGAGCUUGUGAUAGAAAAAGCACAAUAAUUUAGAGCCUACAAUGAGUCAAAAGGGUCCAGAUUUGAACACACACUAAACUAAAUAAACUGAAAUGAUGUGCUAUGAGGUUUAGGAUAGGCUCUCUUUAAAUCAACCUAAUGUUACAUAACGUGUUAAUGCUAAUAUCAUUUUCGUCCCAGGUAAACAUGACAGAUCGACUCACCACAUGGCCUGCACGGAUACAGGCUUGAAGACAUGUGACCGCCCUGCUGUGUUCACACUGAAGCCCCUGGUGAGGAAGAGGAGACAGGAGAUCAGUCUCAGAGUCUUGGAUGGAGAUGAUGAAGAGCGGUCAUGAGGACAUAAAAACACAGAAUGGACACGGCUCAUUCAUGGAACUAUUCAGGACGCGGGACCAGUGGAACAUUCCUCCAGUGUACAGAGACAGAGUUAACAGGUCAGCAAGAACGGCCCUCACUCACUCACACGUCCACACACACACAGAAAAUGCUUGUUAUUCACUCCUCUGCCUCUAGAGGGCAGUAAAGCCUAAAAAGCAGAGAGAAGUCAAAGCUACAGCUGCGGGAGUGAAUCAGGAAGAGCAUUUACAGGGUGGAUGUUUUGAAGAAAAACAGGGAAAAACAUACCCAUCUCCGUCUAGGUGUAUGUUGGUGUCACUCCACAGAGGCAGCACCAUCCCGAUAGAGCAAUCUUUGCUGCACAUCAUAAAGAUUCAAGAAUAUCAGUUCAGUAGAGCCAAUAGUGAGAUUAAAGUGCACUGUAUGUACAACUGCAGGAUGCUGAAAUACCUGUCUUUGUCCAUGAAAUCCAUUCCCAGGACGAUGUUUUCUUCUGUAUCUUGAUGGCCACUGGUGUAAAUUACGACCAUGUAACGCACCCGCUCUGUCCAUCCACUUUCGAGGCGAACAGCCUGCGAAGCAAAGGCAGAAAAAAAGGUAUUUUUACCUGUCAUGAGCGAGUGAGACAGCAUGAGAACCCCUUAAAACUAUUUCUCUGAGACAGCUCAUUUUACUCCAGAGACACCUUUUGGAUGUAAAGUCAUCUUAACCAAAGCAACACGUGAAAAAAAAUCAUACUUUGAUGGUUUUACUGACCAGCUUGAUGCGAUCUUCAGAGCGCAGGAUCUUAAACAUGACCUGCAAGUGUUGAGGUAAAUCACCUGAAAGUGAAGCACACAGUAAGAUAAUUGUGAUUAAAUACUUGAAUUAAUUUUGUUUAUCAACUGAAUGUCUUUUUUGACUGACACUGACAACCUCACAGUCCUCUCUUCAGGUUGGGAAAGUUGUGUUAGAAUUGUGGGAGCAAUAAACUGGCACCCCCAAUUAUUUCCCUGAGGCAGCCCCUUUUUACUUGUGGUGUCCCCCUAGGGUCUGUUCUGGGCCUGAUCUUAUUUUCCCUAUAUGCUUCCCUUGAGGUCCACUUUCCAAAAACACUCCGCUCUGCUUUGCCAGAGACGUACAAAUAAACCUGUCUUUGAAAUUCAAAGAGACGGUCCACCGCAGCCUUUGCUUAAUUGUCUAAAGGAGAUUAAACAUGGCUCAGCCUGAAAAGGUUGUUGUGUUUGAACAUCCCCAACAGUUAGAUGUGAGCCCUACCCACCCCCUCUUCAGAUUUAGACCUGCUUUUCUGACAUCUUCUCUUCGUUAUAGUAACUCUUUUCAUGUGUGUCUAAAAGAGCAUCAUCUAUUCAGCACCAGCAGCUUGUUUAAAAUCCUGCUGUUCACCUACUGACUAUGAAGAAAAGGAGAGACCAAACCGCACCCAUGCUGCUCUCUUCCUAUUGGCUGUUUCAGGGUUGAUUUAAUUCAUCAUUUUUUUGGAUACUAUCUUUCUUAGUUCAACUUCCGCGUGCUCCUAUUCCAGCUACUGGGGUCACAUAAUCAGCUCCUUCUGGACGUGAAAAGCAUUGUAAGCCUUCACAGUUGCCACCCCUAACCACUGAUCAGGACCCAUCUCCUCUCAUCAUCAUCAUCAUCAUCAUCAUCAUCAUCAUCAUCAUCAUCAUCAUCAUCAUCAUCAUCAUCAUCAUCAUCAUCAUCAUCAUCAUCAUCAUCACAAAUCUCACUCUUUUAUACCAUCAUGAUGUAUUUAUUAUGUAUUGUUGUUUUCUUUUUGUAGGUUUUUCCUUUAAAAACACUUGAGAUAACCUUGUUCCUUUUUAAACGUCUUUAACUUGAUCAAUUAACCUUCACAUUUAUAUUCUGUUAAGCUCAGAGAGGUUUUGACAGAAAUACUGAAAAAACUUAACAGGACAACAAGCCCACAACAAGCUGAACUACAGAGAAAAACGGUACAAAAAUUCUUCUACUGUGCCUUUAACACUCCUUUAUUUAGUCGGAGAAAAAAUGUUAGCAGAUAAUUCUUACUAUACAAAAAUUUAAAUCCUGUGACUUUCUAGCGGUGAGCAACACCUCAUGUAGGAACCGACUUCUCGCUUUGUUUUUGUCCUCAAGUGACUCCACACCCGUCGUGGACGGCGGGAUAGAAACUCAGUAGCAGCGAGUAUCUAAAAACAAAAACGUCUCGGAUGCUUCAAAGCUUAAACACGAACAGGUUUUUAUUUUUAGAUCGUGCAGAAUUAUGCCACGUUUGACGGCCACUUUGAAGUGUGGCGGAGUGUAGUAACAGUCUGCUAAAUUUGCAGGAGCCAACAGAAAGAGAGGACAUCAAGCUUUUAGAAAAAAAAAGCACUUUUUGUCAAAACAGAUCAAACUCAGUGUAGUUUGAGGGAAGAGGUGAAUCUAGGUGAAUUCAGGAAUUUAGCAGCUUCAAGUAUUUUCUUCUGGUUGUCUUUGUUUUCUGGUUUCAGGACCAUGACAGCUUUAGCUGGAAUUUUUCCCUCUCCUUACUUUUAAUUGGUUUCGUUAGCAAGUAAAUGUUUCUGGCAUUUGUGCUUUAAGUCACAACAUUUGGAUAGCGAAAGAACAGACUAAGAGCAAAUUUCCUUUAGGAAGCUGUAAGUAAACUGCGCGAGACUCAGUCCUUUUUUGAAGUAACCUUGUGAGCUUCUACUGAGUUCAACUGCAGGUCACCUCGAGUCAGAUUUAGCUCUCUAUCAGCUCCUCAUCGUUUUUCAAACUGUGAGACAAACCCACAAAGAGAAAAGCACCCUCAGCAGAACAAGUCCCCCUCUCUUCUGGAGCGUGUUUGUUGCAGAGCGUACACAGAAUUUGGGCAGAAAAACAAGACACAAAGCUUCCUCUGUGUGCGUUUGUUCCUACCUGCGUGUUUGUGAUGGGUCGGGGUCUUUGGUCCUUGUGUGCUGCCGCCCUGCUGGAGGAAGAGGGCAGCUCCUUUGACCAUAAAGAAGCUCUCACUGAGGCUGAAGGAAAAAGAAAAAAAAAAACGAUUAUUUCUGGCUUACAACUGCUAUCAAUGACUCAUCUUGUUGGAGACAGGCUGAACCUCAUCUUCCUUACACCUUACCGUACAACUCAACAUUUUCUAGAUUGAUUUAAAUUCACUUUAUCAAUAAAUACAAUUCACUCCAAACAAAAGAUAUUCUUUCUACUAUUAAAAAAGUGAAAGACAACAACAAACUUCUCAACCGAGCAGCUAAACUCAAACAAUACUAGGGAUGCACGAAUCCCCUUUACUCCGAUACAGAUAUCUAUAGUUUAGUAGCAGCUGGUACCGAUCCAAUUACCAAUACAGAACAGCUACGCAGAAUUAACUUUUGUUGUAACCUGAAGUUUUACCCCUCGCCCCUCGGAACGUUUACUGCGCAGGUAUUGCAAGUGGCCAUCGAGCUUGUAGGCUGAGGUAUUGUGAUAAUUGAUUUGCUUGCUCCAUUUUGAAAACAAUGUAGGCCUCCGCUCAGCGUGUUAACUUGCCGAUGCCACUCACGGUGCAUAGCAUAGAGUUAGACUGAAUAGAUGGGCUCCUGUGCAUCGGUAGCCUGGCUGGGCCAUCCUGUUGCGUGAAUCACUUGAUGUUCCUUCCCACCACAGUCUGGACUUCGGCCCAUAGAGAGUGUGUAUUCCCGAUCAGAAAAUAACCGGGCCAAUCGGAGACCGUGUUUCCACUGUUACCAGGACAACAGGGAAAGGCAGCCCCUGAUUGGUCCAUGUGUAGUGGUGACGUCUAACACAUGCUGCGGGACUUUUCAAAGCCCCAUUCAUUCAGAACGCUGUUAAUUCUGCAGUUGACUCUGCAAAGUCGGCAGAAAUCAUUUAUAUACAACGUCUUCUGCGUAUAUAAACAAUUGGCCCGGUUAUUUUCUGAUCGGGAAUACAUGCUCUCUAUGGGCCGAAGUCCAGACUGUGGUGGGAAGGAACAUCAAGUGAUUCACGCAACAGGAUGGCCCUGCCAGGCUAGUGCAUCGGCCCAUUGUCACGAUACCUGAUCCAGAAUUUUUUUCAGUGUGGGGACCGAUACUGAUAUCAAAUAUCGAAUCGGUGCAACCCUAACAUGAAAACAACAAAAACUUUAGUAAUUCAGCCAAGCCCCUCACCAUGUGUAGUUAUGCAUAGCUUUCAGCCUCAAUAUAACCAACAUAGGUGAGUUGUAUCAAAACUCAGCCCUUGAGCCAUUGUUACAAAUGCAGAAAUGAGGUACAUUAACUGUAACAGGAGGCUUAUUGGUCUUUGGAGUCAGCCUAAAAUGGACACUAUGCUUUUCUCUCUUUUUUUGGACUCAUUGGUUUCAUUUUCCAAAACCACAGACAGACACUUUUUGCUCAGACGUAUUUUUCAUCGUAACAAUGAGCGCAGAAGGAUGAAAAGUAGCAAUAGGUAGAGCAGGUUUAUAUAUACAUGUAGAGUCCAGGUGUUGGCUGUAUGUUUAAUGAGUCCUGAUUGGAUAACAGAAAACUCAAGUCAGCCGUCUGGACGUACUGACUUUAUGACUCUUGAGUUUUAUACCACAGUGAACUAACUAACUCUACAUGACCUCUGCUGAAUCAAGUGCUACCUCGACCAUUAAAGGUACGCACAUGCUCACGCUCAAAAACUUUCCCUGUCUCAUCUGUGUCGGACUCAGCACUUCUUGGUCAUGACUUUGCUGUGAAGGCUGCAGUUAGCGACAGGAGGGAUUUUAGCGUCUUUUCUCACACAGAACAGAGUACAGCUUUGUUUAAGAGCACCACACUCUCAUUCCCAGCUCAACCAACACUCACAAAGCCUGGUAUGACUGAGUGGGACCACCACAAGGCCUUUUGUUACAGCUCUACUGCCAUGUGAUAGCAUUGUUUCUCUUCCAGUUAUGUAAAAUACAUGAGAAAUGGGGAAAAUCUUCAGGUGGCUCAAUCCAGCCCAAACUGAGAAACCCCUCUCUGUAGGUCAUUAAAUGUCCUAAAACUGCAGUAUAUGCCUCGAGUACUGCCUUCAGUACAGUAUCAGGUCUUAACAAGUACGUGAAACAAUGUUUUCAGGUAAUCAUCAUGUGACAAAAGCAAAAAACAGAGUAAUGUAGCAAAAGGAAGGAGUCCUGCUCACCCUCUACGGACUCACAUAAAUCACUCGUUCACUUAACACAACCACAUCAGCAUACUAUCAUAUUAUCUAUAAAGACAAAAGGUCUCAUACUUACACAUAAAGUCAUCAAACUAUGUCAAGUUUUCUUUAAAUGAUGUAACUUACAUGCGACAGAUCUCCCUCUGAUCAACAAAGUGAGGCAGUAUGUCAAACACAGAUUUAUGUGAUGGUUUCACAACCAGAUACAUCCUGCUGUUAGUUUCUCGACUGUUCUUAAAAAUUUAGCGUCCUCUUCUUAACUUUCUUCCACAAAUCUUUUACACUCUUCUGUCCAUAUCCACAGUCAGGGCGCCGGAUAUUUCAGCUCAACCGUUCUCGUCCUGGUCCUAGUCUGGCAGGUUCUUCUCCCCACAGCUUCCUCCUUGUCUCUCCUCGUCCUUGCUGCCCUAUCCUCUCAGUGACUGCUCCCCAUCUCCUCUUUACAGUGCCUGUCCUGCCAUCAGUCCAGCCACAAUAGCAUCAUUCAUCUAAGUGCUGGGAGGCACUGGAAAAGCCACUUGGCGUCAAUCUUGAGCUUAACAAGAGGAAUCCUAAAUUAAAACUCCUCGCUGAUGAAUGAAUAACCGAGCAGGAGAAACGUGUUGCUCAUUCAGAAACUCUUGGCAUGACAUAACUGUCUCAUCUGUGUGACCCCACCCCCCGCACACACAAAGACAUACAAUCACAGACACACGAGGUGAAAACAAAGACGAGUCUGUGUCAAAGCUUUGCUGACAUAAAUCAUGACUUCUGUGACGUCGGCGGAUCAAAGAAAAGCAUUGUGAGCACGCAGAAACAACAGUUUACCUACCCCCCUGUUAUGUAACUGAGUCAAGAAAUCACUCAAAAAUCCUGUCAUGGUAAAUCAGCUGUAUUUCCAUCAGGACAUGAGGGAAAAUAAACUGAAUUAUUGAUUUUAAUUGCUGCUUUAAUUAAAUUUAAUCUAUGAUUUAUUAUAAAUAUUCUCAUUAAGGUGCGUAGUCAAGGAAUAGCAGACAAAUAUCGAAUGAAGAUAUGAAUGAUUGGAGCAAAGAAGACUAUAACAAGGAAGUGGUUACAACCCAACUCACUGACACUGGAAGACUGGCAAGGAACUGUUUACGAAAUUUACAUUAUGGAGAGACUGACAUUUGCUCUGAGACUACAGUCAGGGACAUUUAAGAGACGUCGGUCAAAAUGGAUCAGAUAUAUAAGAGCACAGAGACCUGAACUGCUCUAAAUACUACUAAUACAUGGCUUGAAGUACCAGACUACUAAACUACAACUGAGAACUGAUAUUGGUGGAUCUUGUGGAGAAUGAAGAAAUUUGACAGCCAUUGUUCAAAUGUUCAUACUUUACAUAUUACAAAAUGAAAGGGAGUGUAAUAGACUGGAGAAUGUGUUAGUCUACUGUUUGUUUGUUUGCGACUAAUGUGUAAUUGUGAUUGGACUCGUUUUGUAUAUUUCUCCCUGAUAAAAAAUAAAAAAUAAAAAAAAAUAAUAAUAAUAAUAAAAUAUUCUCAUUAAGAACCAAGUUUCUUUCACAACCGAGUUUCAUUCCAAAAAGUUUAAAAAAAGGAAAAAAAAAACAAAGAAAGAAAGUGAGGAAUAGUUAAUGAGAGAAAACAUCACAGAAACAGUAAAUAAAUAAUUAAAAAUGAACAGAUGUGUAAACAAUUCCUUAUCGAUGCCAUUAUCGAUACUGCUUAUCGAUUCAAUUCUUUAACGAUUCCCUUAUCAAUGCCUCUCUUUGAUUAAAAAAAAAAGUAGACUAUAGGUUUUUACCAUUAACUUAAAAUUCUAUUGAGUCUCUGAUAACAGAAAAAGAUGUAUGCCACUUUCAGUGAGAGUCUAAAUAUAAUCAAACAAAAAUGCUGUUUGUGCUGCAUUUCUGGCAUACAUUGUGUUUAUGUAAACACAGGACAUACGUUAGGGUGACCAUAUUCUGAAUCCCCAACAAGAGGACACUACUAUGCGGGGCGGACUUGUGUGUGAAACUUUGAGGGGUUUUUUGGUCGGCUCUUCUAACUCAGUUAAACGUCUAACUCAGUUUUUUUCUCUGUCUCUGUUCCCGUUUGCGUAGACUGGCAUUCGCGAGACUGUUUUUCGAGGCACCUGGAAGAAAGGAAUCGUUAAAGAAAUCAUUAAGAUAAAAUGUAAAUGAUGUUGAUGGAUUGAACCAUUCGGAACCAGUUGUCAACAAGAACCGGUUCUGGAUUCCCAUCCCUAUGUCAGAAUGGGCCUUACUCUAAACUGCUUCAGCCUGCCUACUCUUGCUGCUUGUUCCACAAACCAUGUUGCACCCUAGCUUUCUUUUUAUGCUGCGUCUGGUUUUACCUGUGUCACAUGUAUUGUCCCCUACGCUCUCAAUGUUCUGUACUCUGGCUGAUCUUUGCUGCUGCUCUACUUGCCUUAGCUUUUCGUGCAUGCAAAUGAAAUGCCCUACCCCGCUGCAGGCUUCUGCAUUCCACAUAUGCACUUGGGAGAUCCUCUUUCACAGCAUGUUGGAUAUUGAAUUAUUCUAAAGAUACUCCAGCAGCUCAGAGAAACCAUUCAGUUUUCACCCCGUAACCUGCAUUUUGUCUCCUCUACAUUCAACACUGCACCACAAUAUCCCUAAACACAGGUGGCAGAGAUUUGCGCUCCACUGAAAAACACUGCUCUGGUGAACUUAAACAUAUUCACAAGCCCUGCGUACGAGUUUCCUGAAAAACACAGAUUCACAAGUGUGUACACUGAAAAAAAGGAAAACUGUUGCUCCUUUUUCCAAAGAAGUCAAACCCACUGAAAACUUUUCUCCUGGAUUUCCCCUUUGUUGCUACAACAGAGGAGAGUUGGCUGAUUCAGGGUCAGAAAGCCCACUGACCACAAAAUGCAUUCCACUGAGUCAGAAACACUAAACAUCUGCAUUGAGAGCUCCAAACACUCCACUUUCUAAACAAAAAGCUCUUACCUCUGAUUGUUUUUGCGGUCAUCAUCGCUUCCAAAAUCCUAAAAGACAAAAACAAAGCAGAAAUUUCACAGACUGCUGCACAACCAUGCUGUCUAACAUUAGUGUGGAAAACAUUUGUUUGAGAAUUUAAAAGUCUCCCCUCUCUUCUAACUUAAACACAGAUGUUUUGCUGAGACUGGAUUCAUGUACAGACCCGGUCAUUUGGAGGCCGAGAAUCAUGGGAACCUGGUACAUGAAUACUGCGAUAAACAUCUAAGUGUGUAUUUGGAAAGGCUACAGAGCCACAUGAGCAGAACAUAUCAGCACUUUUUGGACCUUUACGUGAUAAAAAAAAUCCCACCCAUCACAUUUUCAUUUCUGCUGUAAUGCACAAAGUGAUAUUAAAAACCCAACUUCUCAUCAGAGGAGGAAUGUUGCUGCUUAUUUUUGUGCCAAAGCUCAGUCAGCCUUUCAGAGCGCGUAAUCCACUCUCCUAAAACUAGAAAGUAGAGCACUAACCCUGAUGUUAUGAUUUCACUGGGCGCUGCUCCACAUUUGAAUGUCUGACUUUGUUUGAUACUAAGAUUUGCAAAUGCGGCUUAACUUGUGCUACACUGCCACAAAUUGCUUCUUAUGUCAGGAGCUGAAACCUGACUGCUACUUUCUAAGGCUUCAACAUAAGAAACAAAUGCUUUUUCAUUUUAGUGUUACGGGGAGAGUGCGGUAAGAUGAGCCAUUUUUCAUAUUUGGGAUCACUACAUCAAGGCAAUCAGAGUUUUGUCUCUAACUAGUGUAUCUGCAUAAAUUUCAAGAUGUUGUUCAUCCCUGCAAACCAACAGAAUGAGUGUAAACAUAACUGUCUUGAUAAUAUAGCAUGCCAAAAAAAGUGGUCUCCUACGGUCAACUUACCCCGUUUAUGGGGUAAGUUGACCCCUAAAUAACAGUCACUUCUUCACAUUCAUGUGUAUAUUAUUUAUAUUAUACGCUAUUCAACUGGUACAAUCAUUAUUUUUAUUAUUAUUGCAUAUAGGCCUGGGCGAUUUGGCAAAAAAAAUGAUCACGAUAUAUUUCGUCAUAUCGUCCGAUCUCUAUUAUUAUCACAAUUUUUUUUAAACUGCCUGUUUUAAGGCAUUUGUACUAAAAACUAAGGAAACUAGAGAUUAGUUCAACAUUAUUAACAUACAAAGUAAAUAACAAAGCAAACUGAAUAAGAUACACUUAGUCCUGAGCAUUUUUGAAGGUAUGCAAGACCCAAAAUAAACAAAUCUCCCCCUCAGAGAUAAUGAAGACGCUUUAAAAUGUAAACAUUAGAUGAUGUAAACGUAAAUGAUACGAUUAAUCGCUGCCUAGGUCUGGUGGCUGCACCGCUAGUUGUGGCUAAUCUGCUAAUGCUACUCGUGCCGUCAGCAGUGGCAGGCUCACAUUUUCAUGCUUUCCACAUAAUCACUCAGGAAGUACUUCUUCAAAUAAUUAAACAGAUUUGUUGUGUAGCCGGUUUUUGAGGACACCGAUCGCCAACAUACCUUGCUCAUCGGCUUAAUUUCUCUACGUCACUUUGGAGAUACCAGAACCACCGCCACGCAUCUGACGUUGAACAACUUCUCAACAAUAACAUCUUCGGAGAAUAACUCAAAGUCAUGGCUGACAACUACUUGCUGCCCUCAGCUCUGCGUGUAGCUCCAUGUUCGGCCAUUCUGUUUACGUCUCCGACAUCUUACAGAAGUAAGCAGGAAAAGCUCGACUCUGAUUGGCCGUUGUGACGCACAUUUCCUCUAUGUUUGAUCGAGUAAAUAUGCUCUCAGCUGAUCAUUGUGAUUCAGAACAUUCACAGCUGUAUUUUUGAAAAGAAAAAGUCAAACAUUUCAACAAUCUGAACUGAAACUCUGAUCCUCUCAUCAGACUUCUUUACUUUCUCUGUUAAACCACUGGCUCAACUUUCUCCAGAACUACUCUGAUGACUUUAUCAGUCCUCUAAGCUAAAAUGGUGGACUUUUUUGGAAAUAAAUGUCUAACCCCUUCACCCAUGUGCUUCUAACCUUCACAGACUCCAUGAAUUGAUGCCCAUUUCCUAAAUAUUUGGUCACAUGAUCAAUUUCUUUUUACCAUUUCCAAGCAACUGGGGGUGGCUCAACUUACCCUCUGGCUCAACUUACCCCACUCUCCCCUACUCCAGACCAGCCUAUCCAACCAGUCCUGUAUGCUGUGAUUAUUUCUGGGUGUAACCCUAAGGAAGGCGCCUUGUUGCAUUUCUUACAAGAUGACACAACAACAUCCCACACCAUAUGGUUGUUACUUAAGUGACAUCACUGAGGACGUGAUUUUCUCAAGUUCAUGAACACUUGACUGUAGUUUCCUGGGGCACACACUCAGCAAAACUCCCAAAAAAUGAUGUAAUUCUCCUUUAAAGUCUCCUCCCAUGCUCUAGGGCUGCAUUACUGUAAAUAAAAACCAUUAACCAGGAGGGAGGACAACCUGAGUCCAACGCAGUGGAUGUUUGUGCAGCAGCAAAAUGAGCACUUUGUUCUAACAGCUAAACCCAGCAGCCUCCCCCUCCCCCCUGUGGAGGAUUUUGUUUACAAAUCCGCAGCCACAAACAACUCUCCACUUGGAACAAUGCGACCAUAAAUCAAGUUUUUAGCUCCCGCAGAAAUUGAUAAAGUACGGUUAACUCUUCAUGUUUAAAAGACAAACUGAUAGGAGCACCUGAGCGUCUUCUGACACCGCGUACACAAAGACACCUCCCCGACUUUCCCACCUACCUCCCCCGCGCUGCUGUUGGUCGUGCUAGCCGAGGACGCUGCACUCGGGGUGGGGGAACGCUGCAGAGUCACCAGGGCCAUAGUCGCUGUGCUGCAGCUUUGGAGGGCAGCAGAGGAGGAGAGGAGGAGGAGGAGGAGGAGAAGGGAAGGGAGGGGAGGAGGAGGAGGAGGAUGAGGGAAGAUGCGCGGCUGAGGUUGUCUCUGUCACCGGGGAGAAAAUGCCUAGUCAGACUCUCAUCCAGCGGCACCUGACUCCACAGUCCAUCGGUCUACGAGGCUCCCCUUUCGGUCCUAAACCAUUUGCCCUCUGCGGUUUCCGAGGUACUCACGAGCGGAGGUGUUUUCUUCGUUUGUAGCGAGGUAACGUUGACGGCAGACCCCGCAGAUUCAUCCCUGGUGCGCAGACAGACAAACAAAACACGGUGCAGGUUGCAAGCAGGGCAGAAAUGACAUGCAGCUUUGCCGGGCGCCUGUGAUUGGCUGGCCUAGUUCGCGUGCGCGCUGUCAUUGGGCCAAUGUUGUCAAGGUGACUGGCCAGACUAGGAACUCCCAAAUACAAAUGAUGAAAUUAUCUUCUGCUCGUGCGAGAAGCGAGGAGCACAUAAUGUUGAGUAAGGCUGUAGUUAUAUUAAUAAUACAUUAAACUACUCACAAACACUGUGCUCUGUGUAGGCUUUCAUCAAAAUCAAACAAACAGAAAAAAAUGCAGUAAAAAUUUAACAAAAUCCCGGAUAAUGUCACCAAAAGAGUUGACGAAAACGACAAAAAUUAAACGAUAAAAGUAAAAUAAUAUUAUUAAUUUAGUUCAGUGUAAAAGAGGGGCUCUUUGAAGGAUUUUGGGCCCCCACGAUUAAAAAAAAAUAGUUAACUACUAAAUUAACUACCUAAUAUUUGUAGGCAGAGUCGGCCCAAGCCUCUGUGGGGCCCCAAGCAAAAUUUGAUUUUAGGGCCCUCUAUUUCUGCCAAUAAUAUUGAUCAUUCACACACCUUCACAAAUUUCUUUAACAUACCAUGACAUGCAAACAUGCCCUUAUCUUGGCGUUUUUUCUCUUCUUCUUUAUUCUUCAUCUUUCUUUUCUCUGCUCCUGAAGGAAAGCUCCUUUUCUGCGACAUUGUUUUGCCCCACAACUACCUGCGCUUUGGAUGCUCAGUGCACAAUGCACAGCAGGAGGCACAUAACGGUAGCGAAGCUUUGACAUAUCGGCAGUAAGAAUCAUAGGCCUACAUCAGCAGCAGCACUAAAAUGUUUUUACUUUAUUUUAUUUUAAUUUCACAAUAAAAUAUAUUUAAGCAUACAGAAAGUAUCACUCAUAUAUGCAAAAAAUUAAAAACAUUUUUAAAAUAUUUAUUUUUUUGAUUUCUUUUGGGGGGCCCCUACUGACCACGGGGCCCUAAGCAGGCACUUAGUUCGCUUAUGCCUUGGGCCGGCUUUGUUUGUAAGGCUCUUGUCUGUAACAGGGCCCCUUGAGACUUAAAUAAAGCAACCCUGAUGUUAAGACAAUAUUAAUUAUGGCAAUGAACUCAAUCAUCAAUACACUUGAGAAUUUUUUAUAAGUACUCUCUGGUGUUUGUCACUUUCAUAUGGAAGUCCUUGGUGGACAUGGAUCCAUGAAUUUUAUCUUAUCUUGAAAUAACCAAAACCGUUUUCUGAAAAUAACUGGUUUAUUUUAUGGCAAUCCUUAAAAUAAAAGAUAAAUGGUAAGUUAGGGGUGACUGUUGUGUUUUUGUGCUUUAUGAAUAUGAAUUAUUGUUCAAGUCAAGAUCUUAAAAAAAAAACUGAUAUUAACUAUUUUUGAGGAAAACAGUUAAUUAAAAGUGUAUGUGCAUGAACAUUUUUGGCAUACGAAUUUUGGCUUAGAUUACUUGAAAAGUCACUUUUAAAGUAGUUCUAAGCUUUAACCCUUUUAUUGCACAAAAAUCAACAUAAAUAUAUGUACACAAACAGUAUAUAUUACAUCAUUUUGAUAAAAAAACAAAAAACAUAUACAGUAUGUCUACACCUUUAAAUGUUUUGUCAAACAUGUAGCCCCAAACAGAGCUGGAACACUGGAUCUUCUUUUUUACAAUAGUUCCUCCUUCCUUGAAUUCUGGUGCUCAAACCAGCACAAGCAUAGGUGCACUCCCACUCUUUUAGAGGACAUUGGAAGUGGGCUUUUCUUCAAGUAUCAUUUCCUGCUUGUAUUGAGAGGGUCUAUUGUUGCUUCAACCCAUCAGAAAAACUCAGCCCAUAGUUUAGGCAACAGUUUCUUCUGAGGCAUUUUGUGUUCCUCCAGGUUGAUUUGUUACUAGGAAUUUGUAGUACCAUUUGAUUGUUCAGUGUUUUUGUUAGUAUGUCUGGCCUCUGGGUCUGUGUUGGACUCCUGAAGAUUCCUGCCCAGUGUCUCAAUAGGCAGGAUCAGGGCUGCUAUGCCAGCCAGCAGACAGCAGCCACAGUACAUUGACAGGGUCAGAUACACCGACUUUCUAAGCAUCACCUGAAAAAAACAAAACACAUAAACUAUAAAGAAGACAUAUGACUCGUGAAGUGGAGUUGGUAUUGUACUUAUGAUAAAAAUGUCUUUGCAAGUAUUGACAAAGGUCAUCAUCUCCGCUUACCUGUGCCACAAAAGGGGUUAUUAAAGCACCCACUCUUGCCAUUGCACUGCAAGUCCCCAUUGCCAGUGCUCUGUUUUCUGUAGGGUACACCUGAUAAUUAAGAGAGAGAGAGGGUGCUUAUUUUCCAUAUCCAAAACUAUCCAAAACAAGUAAUUCUUAAUGUUAAGGUAACCCACCUCUGGUGUAUAGACAAAAGCCACUUGGUAUCCUCCAGAGAUAAAUGCUCGGGCAAUAAAGAUGAAGAUUGUAAGUGGUAUCCUGAAUAGACAAUAAAUCAGAGAGAUCAGCUGUGUUGUUUCAAUGCUGCUACUGUGUCAAUAUACUCGACACCAAACAAAUAUAAACUCACCUCUCAAUACAGGCAUACAAGGGCAGAAUACACAGAGAAAACAUGAAGAAACAUAAUGCCAUGCUCUUCUUCCUGCCAAUACGGUCGACAACAAGAAGGACGACUAACAGACCUGAAACGAACAGAAACACAAAUCCUUUUUAGACACACACACACAAAAAACAACAACAGAAACAAUACUUAAGUUGCAACAGUAGUACCGCCCAAGCCACUCCCUUAAAACAACACAAUGUGUUUAUCCUGGACUCCUGAGGCGACAGGCCUUGCAGAGAAAUGUGUAUAUCGACAAGCUUGAAAAACUUGAAACCUGUUCUUACAGUUAAAAUUAAACAAAAGUUGAAAUGUGUGCUCAACAUUACUAUUGGCACCAGCGUCAUGAAGGUCUUCAGUUUCAAUGAGACAUCAGAGUUUUAAUGAUAUGCUAACAGUUAGCAUUUUACCUGGGAAUUCAGCUAAGGUUGUCCACAAAAGGUCUUUGUAGUCAGCUGAUGUCAAAUGUUUGCACUCCAGACUACAGCUUGGUUCAAUUUUCGCCCCAUGGGCUGCUAAAAGGGUGAAAAUAAAUGAUUAAUGAAUAUUAAAAUGUCAAUAAUGAAUGAAUCAAUAAGGUUUUAUCUUUAUUCAAAUUAAACCCCAUUAUGUGAUGUUUUAAAAUCUGAUGCUUGUGGAGCAGGUAUUACUUACAUCCACAUGAAUCUCCAGCCUGAAACAGCUCAGUUGUCAACAGGACAAUCCCAUAAUAGGAGAAGGCAUGAACAAACCUAAAGUUAAGACACAAACAAACAAACAAACAAAGCUGUAUGAUAAAAUGUCUUAAAUACACAAUUAAAGCAUAAACCAGCUCUUGUUUGUAUCCCUGUUGCCUUGACUCAGCACACUGUGUAUGUACCCAACAUCAUAUGCUUUUGAUACAUCAACACAAACAGACUAAAACAGACUUUACAGGACAAUCUAGCACUAGUAUUAUGUCUGGUGACCUAGAUGCUGAUACUGAUAUGAUGAUACCAAUCCCAAUGUUGUGUGUGCCCAUUGCAUUUUAGUAAUCUAUCUGUGCCAACAUUUACUUAGGAUUAAAUAAUGUUUAAUCACAGUAUUAACUGAAAUGAAAAAAGUCUUCUGAUUAAAACCUGCCUAAAGGGCUCAUAUCAUGUCGGUCUGUUUAUGUUGAAUUGUGUACUUUGAAAUAUGCGCUCAACAGCCCAGGUUUUCUGGAGGGUAUCUGUAGCUACUUGUUUCUGUGAAUGACUUGAAAAAUGUUCCUUUUUUAUUAGUGGGGGGUCAGUAACAACAAAAAACAAACAAUCAAAUGAAGAAUACUGGAGUAUGAUAUUGGCUAAAAGGUUAGGGUUAACAUCAGAAUCAUCACAGAUUUUCCUGACCAGAAUAUCCUUCCCAAUCUCUUAUUUCAUAAAUCAAUCAAGUAUUGAUUCAAAUUGAUUUUUGAAUGUUUAUUGAAAGCACAAAGAAAAAACUCCUGUCUUACCAUAUAAACCAUAGAAGAAGAGUCGUUUUCCAGUAAUGAGGGGAAAACAGUUCUUUGAUACGUCCGCGAUCGGCCUGAAAUACGAACAUAAUAGCUCCUCUCAGUGUUUUAAACCAUUUGGAAGUCCAUUAGAUACACAUCUCUAUUUCUUGAACAGAAUCACUAAUAUUUUAACAGGGAGAUUCACCUGUUUGAAGGAGCCGGUCAGCUUCCCUUUGGGCAUGGCCUUUCCAUUGUCUUUAGCAAUACGUUUUAAAGUUGCAACAGCCUUUUGCUGUUUUCCUGUCAGCACAUCAAAACGAGGACUUUCAGGCAGCCACUGUCAAAAACACAGAAGGGUUAUCUUGUGUGUUUCACUCAGCUGGUAUAUUGGUUGGAUCUCUAAAAAGAAAAAAACACUUGAGUACUUACAAAGCUGAGGCAAAGAAAAAGAACCAUUGGUAUUAUGGACAGGCCGAGCAACCACCUCCAACCAAGGGUAGGCAUUACCCAUAACGCCAAGAGGACCUCAAACACAGCACCAAUCGCCCAGAAUGCCUGGUGCCCACACACAUAAAAAAGCAAAUUAGCUACAGAAGUGACCUAGUUAUGGAUUUAUGACUCAAAAAUAUUAAAAAUUACCGCAAUCAUCAUGAUGGAGAUGCCUCUGGUCUUUGCUGGGAGGAAUUCUGAAUACAUUGUCACCCUAAAAAGACAGUUUGUGGUUAAAAUAUGAAAUUCGUAAAAGGUUAAUGUUGUUGAAUAAAGGGACAGACUUACGCCUGAGGAGCUCCACCAAUGCCCAAGCCCACAAAGCCUCGCAGGAGCAAUAGCCAGCCGUACACCGGAGCAAAGGCACUCAGCAGGCCAUAGAAUAAAGUCCAGCACAUACACAUAAUCAGACCCUAAGAAAUUCACAGAAAACAUGGGCUCAAAAUUGAAUUAUAUACAUAAAUCUUUAAAUCAAAUGUAAAAAAAACAACAACAUGAAACUCACAACUCUUCUGCCGUACUUGUCGGACACAUUACCCCAUAUAGGUGAGCUGAUCCCAGUGCCGAUGAACACCACCUGACGCCAAAACAUAAGGGUUUUUAAAUAUUUGAAAUUGAAUAGUCUGAAAACGAACAGUUUUUCUUUGAGGGCCUUACCGAUGUUAUGAGAGCCACCUGAUAACCUGGCAGCCUCCACUCACAAUGCAGCUCAGGGGCCAAAAUACUGAGAAUCAUCAUCUCCAUGGCAUCUCCUAUCUGCAUACACAAGGGGGGAGGCAGCAUGAGAGACAUCUCAAAUCACACUGAGGAAUUUCCUGCACAUUUUUUUUAUAUUUUUACCCAUGAUAGUCCAGUGAGGAGACAAAUUUUCCACUGGAACUUUCCAUAGCCAAAGGCCUCUAAUGCAUCUUCCACUGUAAAAGUAUCUGUGGAGGGGACAAGUCAUUACAAGUUCACAGCCUGCUGACACAAACUGAGAAGCCAUGAUGAUGUUUCAAUCAUAUUUAGACUGAGUAGAAUUAGCACAGAAGCUGACCAGAUACUUGAAUUUAAUAUCAGCGUCAUUCACUGUUUGGCAUCUCUACAACGACUCCAAGUACAGGAAGGUACAGUUCAAUGUAGCACGGGUCAGCUCGAGUCCUAACAGGCUUUUUAACGUGUCUGCACAGAAUCCUUUCUGCCUUUGCACGUGGGUAAGACGAGGGGUGUGAAGUAUAGGAGGAAAGGGCUGGUUCCAGGAUGACAGGGCUUACUGUUGAGCCUUUUAGAGAUGUUUUGGUCCAAACUUGAGAAAGCACAUGUGAAGGGAGGUGCCCACUUGAUCAUUUCAUGGUUGGGGUGUGAGGGACAUCAGGUAAUAUCAGCCCUGAGGGAAUCUGGGUCUAAUGGAGGUGUUGGGUCACAGUGGUAGUGAGCAGUCUUUUGGUUUCUUAUCAGUAGGGGGAAAAGCAUCAGCGUGAGAGUCCCUGAGCCUUUACUGUUUUUAAUAAGGGGACAAGUUUCUUAUUCUUAUCACAGAUUUAAAAAACAUUGAGGUUUGCAGUUGGAAAAACUGUCAAUUUUGAUUGCAUGUAUUCCUUAAAUUUCUAAAUAUAGCAAAGAGUUGAAGUUUAAAAUACAGUGUCCUACUCACCUUGUGUUUUAUCAACCCCAGAUCUGGAUGAAGACUUUCGUACCCCUGCGUCGACUGCUGAGGCUAUCGUGCAGAUCUCAUUGUCUGUUCCCUGAACUUCAUCAUUUUGACCCACAAAAUUGGCCUCACCCCUACAUGCCGGCACACAGACAGCGGAAAUACAGAAUAGAUAUGAAGUUUGAACCUUUAGGCAACACUUUGGUAUGUAAACACAGCAAUGCAGGUUUCCUCAGCACUAUCUGCCCAUUUAACGUCACAGGAAGAGAGAAAAUCAAACACUCAAAAUCUUGUUGUUGCUUACCCCGGCUCAGGGUUUCUCCACCGCUUGUAGGUGAUGGUAGGUGUUCUGCCCCAGUUGUCCAUUUUUUAGUGUUUUGAGAGGAAGAGAGCGGAAACCCUGCUCAUAGUUAGCACACUGGUAUUGUGGUGAAACCUGCUGGAGCAGUCACCUCAGGUUUCUGUGCAACACCCAAUCAGAGAACAAUACCUGGGGAAAGGAGAAGGGAGGGGCUACAACAGGAAACCACUCUGUGCUAAUCCAGGAGUGAAUGGACUGAAGCUAUAGAGAUAAAUGCACCUGAGAUUUGUUUAAAUUAGGCAGUUAUCUCAAAAUGGUUGCAUUUUGUUGAGCCAAAACAUAGAAGGAGCACAUCUGUAAAUUGUGAAUAAUCUCUGCACAGCUCUGAUUUAUGAAUUUAUAUUUCCUGUUAAAGAUUAAGGUGAAAACAAAUGAAAGCUCCCAACAAACACAACAUCAAAUUCACAGUUUUUAACAUUGAGUUGAAUGAAAAACGUGAAUCUACUUAGAGAAGAUAAACCAGUCCUUAUUAAUCUGACAUCAUCUACUCAGUCAAAGCUCCUAGCUUAGGUUCUUAUCCACUGGGACAACAGUAGGCUGAGCUUAAGCUUAAUUAAGUAAUCAUCAAAGUGGAGAGACAGAUACUGAGGAGGUGUGUCUGUAACAACUAUGUUUACAAGACAAAGGUAAUGCAGCAUGUGAGGGAAAAGGCUCAGACUUAGAUGUGGAGUAAAGUGAACCAUGAUUUGAUGCGAUGUCAAGACAAGACAGGACAGGAGGGUGGCGUCGGGAGCGGAUUUUAAACUAUAAGACUUUGAUUCCUCCUCCAAACAGCUGUCGUAGCCUGUAGCUAACAGCAGGUUGUGCUGUUGUCCUUCUUGUCUUGUUGGUGGUGGUUGGUUAUUGGGGGCCAGAGGGCUUCAGAGUCUGUUAAACACUGUCUGUCCUACACGACCCCUCAGGUGAAUGGGGACAACCUGAAAAUAAAGUAGACAUAAAGUAGGACACUGUGAGGACAUGCUGAGGCGGCUGCAUGAUGGGACAGCCAUAAAUACAGGUGGAAUAUACAUCACAUUACUCUGUCCUCACACCCCCAGUCACAUCUGCAGGAACAACACAGAACAUCAGCAGAGCCUUAACAACAUGAACUCAGAGGUAAGAUUUGCACAGACUAUAGUAGGUAACUUAUAGUAUUCCCAAAAAAAUAAUUUUUAGUUUUCAAAUAGAGAUGAACAAUACUUCAGGCAGAUAUUUUAUGAGUCUGAACUGCAUGCAGAAAAUGAUUUGUUUUGUGAGUCUGUCUUUUGUUGUGUGUUGCGCUCACUCGAUGCCUGAUUUCGAAACGCACAACCUAACAGCAUGUUUAGGUGUUUAAGUCAUGACCCAGCAACACAAUCUGUUUUCUCACAUGAAUAAAGAAUUAGUAGAACGUUUAGUGGUUUGAGAGUCAUUGAGCCUGUGAAUAUUCAUUUAAAAGAGGAGACUCAAGACGAUGUAGACAUCAAACCUGUCUGUGACUCCUUAAAAACUAAACCGUCAUGGGGUUUUAUUUUACCAGGUCUCAUAGCUCAGACUUGGACUGCUGUGCUUACAGCUGCAUGUAUAUACCCACACUGUUAUGCAAUUCUUUGUAGCUCUUAGUGGCUUUUGCUAAGGAACUGUAAGCCAAUAGUAUGAGAAAAAUGAGUUUGGGCAAAUCAGUGUUCAUGUUCCCAGAAUACUUGCCCAACUAUUCAAGUGACAACUUUAAAGCUCAUGGAGUUUUUUUGCUGGUUGUGAAACAGACUAAAAUUAAUACCAAGGCCUUUUAAUAAACUCAAAGAUCAAACAAGACCAUUAACAAAAAGAGUAAAUGUAUGUAAUUAGUCAUAUUUAAUGUCUGAAACAGAGGUUGUACCAUACUGAUAAAUGUCUUUUAUAUGUGCGAUAGAAAAGGAUUCUAGAUGACAGAUAGAUUUGACUGCAUAAAGAAAGCAGAAUGACAUUCUUGUCAAGAAAAACAAAUUACAUGAGGUGGUAGCAUUAAGUAUUAAUAUGAUGCAAUCUAAAUACAAAAUUAACAUUUUUGGGACUCCUGACAAAAGCAAAUGCAAUUGUAUUAACAGGGAAUUAUUGGGCGUCAGAGUGUUAUCUGAUGUCUCAGAAUAAUAACGGACUAUGUUAACUUUGAUUCGGCACUCUGUACACACCCUCCUGCUUAUAUCUUCCUGUUUUCUUUUAAAAGACAAACUGUAUUUGACAGACUGCAUUUAACAUGUUGAGGAUGUCUCCUCCUCCAAGUCAUGGUUUUAGACCACACACUGCUGUAGCAGUGCAGCAUUUAUUUUAAAGCUCCUGUUAGGAGUUUUAUGAUGUUUAUUAAAUAGACUGAAAAUCAUACUGGUGAUUUUUAAUGAUAUGAAAAAGAUCAUGAGUAAACAGUCUUUAUACUGUAAUUUCUGAUACCUGAAAGUGCUGUGAGGGGGUCUUAACUGAGCAGCUGCAGACUCAGUCCUGUUUUUACUAUUUACACAUAAAUUUUCAACAAUAAAUGACAAAAACCAAAAGUUCCUCAUAGGGGCUUUAAGUUAUUAAUCCAAAAGUCAAGGUUAUACAUUUGAUUGCUUUUCUGAUUUUCAUACAAAGACACUGGUUGGAAUUGUCUUUGUUAGAUAGUUUUAAAACCUGAUCUAUAAUGUAAAAGACUGGAAUUUUGCUAUUAUAUGCUAUUCACUAUUUAUUUUAUUGACUUAUACGUAUAUGUAGAUAGGUAGGUAUGUGUAUAUAUAUGCAUAUGUAUGUAUGCUGGUGUAUGUAUGUACACAUGUGUAUGUAUGUUGUGUAAUUCAAAACCAGAUUUACUUAUUUUAUUUUAUUAUCUUUUUUUGCUUCUGUUUUGUACAGAUUUAUUCUGUUUAUUUUUGUUUUUGCUUUUCUUGUUUGUUAUCUUUGAAAGUAUAUUCUUUACGUUCGGCAUAAAGUGAAGAAAGGGUAGGCACAAUAAGCCAUGGGCUUCAGCCUACACUUUUUUUUGGUCCAAUGAUUUAAAUGAAAUGAAAUGAAAAGUGUAAUUAUAAUAUAUUUAUUUUUUUGGGACCAAAAAUAAACUAAACUGAACUGAACUGAACUGAAUUAAUGGCGAUUCAAAAAACAGUUUGAGAACCGCACCAAUUAAACAUCAGCAAAGACCACUUUGUCGACAUUAGGCGCCAAACUUAACUCAAAUAAAAGUUCCUCACAGGAGCUUGAAAUGUGUAGUCGAUCCAUUUAAAUAAAAGGUUGUAGACAUUUUAUUUUUAAAUAUUUGUUUUUUACUAUUGUGUUUGUUUUUAUGUCACUACUGUUUUUAUUAUUAGUAAGUGUAUGUAUGAUUAUAUUGCACUCCAGUACAGUGCUUUGGUCAACUUUAUUUCUAAAUGUGCUUUCGAAAUGGACUUUGACUUUGACUUGACAUGUAUAGUCUCAGUUUGCACUCACUGUAGAUUAAAGUAAGGCAGUGUAAAACUUUCUUUACAUCUAUCAUUUACUUAUUUAGUAUAGUUAUCUAGUAUUCAGGACUGGAUCAUCUUAAGAGUCCACUAUUGUCUGUGUGUGUGAUUUACUGUACAUUGUGUGUUUACUAGGAGAGCUUUAGGUCUGACUGAUGCAAGAAACCCCUCCAUGUUUGCAUAAUGCAUCACAUCAAGUUGAUUUUUCCAGCAUGCUCUCUUAUAUGUCACAGCCGAUCUUCAGGCAGUAAUGUAAACCGUCUUUGUUGAUGCUUACAGGAAGCAGGAUAUUAAAGUUUAAAGAGACGAGAUGAGAGGGCAACGUUACACUGCCCACAGUUCUGUUACAAAUGAGCCUGCUGGACCCCCAGAAAAAGGUGGGAUGAGGAAAAAACAGCAAAAUACACAAUGAUGAAAGGAGAAUAUAUAAGAAAGAGAGGGAGUACAGAGGAGAGCUGUUUCAAAUUUGACUCACUUUUUCGCUCUGUUCUACUUUUACACCGACACAAAGGCUCAAAAAGAUUUUCUAAGAGUUUCAUUGGCUGUGGCUCCACUGAGCAAAUAGUAAUUAGUUUGAAAUGUAUCUGUCUAAUCAAAGAUCAGUAAUCGUAUACCUGUGCUUUAAUUUUGUGGGCGAAGACGGGUCUCUGAGAGGAUUGUGUUACCUCAUCCUUAUAUUACAUACCUGCACAAACACACACACACACACAUGCACACACUCUUCCUUAAACACAUACUGCUGCUGUUCAACACUCAGGUGAAGCACUGAAUGAACAUUUGCUGCCUGGACUCCAUGAAUGUUUAAGCAGCCCUGUGCUUCCUGAGCCAGGUAGCUCAUUACCACCUCAUUACCCACAAUGCAGGGACACUGACCCAGCAGGAAACAGCAAGGCCUCACUCCUCCUCUUCCACCUCCUCCUCCUCCUCUUCAGCCUCUCCGUUUAAGGCUGAGGUACCAGGCCUGCUUUAAGCCAGUAUUUGAAUCAGGGACAGAUGCAAACAGAGGAAAGAGCGUUGAAAGUAGAUUGUGUGUGAUGUUAAAAUCGGCUUCAUCAUGGACCAAGAUCUGAUCUGCUUCUAAAACUGCCAUCCCAGGCUGUUUUUGUCUGACUGAAAAACCAGAGGGCUGAAGCUCAAACUUUUUGGAUUACUCCGGGUCACAGACAUGACAGAUUUAACCAUGACGCACCAGACUUUGGAAGUAAAGGAGGUAACUACAGUGUGGGUUUUUGUGUGCUUUUGAAUUCAAAACUAUUUGUGGAAGAUUUUAAAAGUCAUUUAAGAAUCUCAGAUGCUUACAAGAAACAACACUAGAAAUAAAAGUGUACUGAAUGCUAUUUGUUGCUGUUUAAGGCUGGAGCUUUUAAGGAAUUGGCAUCUGAUAUGGUCACAUUUUUAUGUACAUAAAGUUGUUUCCUUUAAGUUGCAUAAUCAAUGUUUCUCUUUUACUCUCAUUGGUUUAAUGUAAGAGACGACACUGAUUGUGACAAACAGGCAGAGGUUUGGAGACUUUUACAACAGUCUGCAGUAUACUUAGGCUUCGCACACACUGUUUGAGUCUCUGCACUUUGUUUUUGUUUGAGUUGCAUUCAUCAAUACUUUUUAAAACUUUUAUAGAAGUCUUCAUCGUACAACUUAACAACAAACUCAUAAAUAUAGUUGAGCAUCUGUAUGCUAGACCCCCUCUGAAGCUAGAAGGACUGUGAUUAUUUGAUCAGUAUCAGAGUCACAAUUAUUAAUCAGGGUUAAUUAUUCAUGCUUAUUAAAUUUUGUUUAAUUUAACACCAUUUACCUCCUGCAGCUCAUUGAUUGACAUUGCUGGGACUGAGACUUGAACUCUGCCACUGUUUGUGCUCACUCUGUUCCUCUGCUCGACUAACACACGCUGCCUGGUUUUGAUCUCAGCGUUAAAAUAAGCAAUGUCAUAAACAAUAACAUUAAGUGAGUUGGUUUUUAGGGGUUUAGUUAUACAUUAAAAAAAGGUAAAAUUAGGGUUAUUUAUGGGGACUUGUCUAUAAGAUCAAUAAUUGCUGUUCAUUUGUGUUGACAGAUAGAGACCAAAAACCAGGAGAAGCUGUUUGCUGAAUGGUUCACAAUCAUGGCCACAAUAAGAACCCUUAAUGUGAAAUUAUGUGGAUGUGUAUUCAUCCUAUUGCACAGUAUUCAAAUAAAGAAAAUAGUAGUCCUUUCUUUAUCAAAAACUCCCUUCUUUAAUUUUCUUUAACUGUUCAUCAGUACCAAAGCCCACUGAGCAUUUUUUGGUCUAAAAGAGGUCUAAUAGACGUCUAAAUGUAGCCAAGCCGACUGGUCUAAAAUCUGUCUACCACAGGUCUAAAAAUGAAAGUUUUUUAGACGUCUCAAUUUAAACCAAGUUUAUAUGUAUAUUGCCUAAUGGCCAUCAUAAUUAGUUUGGUGAAGUACUUGGUGAUCAGUUAUGCAACUCACAGUUGCUUUUUGAAAUAAAUAGUUAUCGAAUAAUGGGUUAAAGAGGAAUGUCAAUUCCGUCUAAAAAUAUAUAGAAUCUCGACGGUUGAAAUUAAGUCUAAAAAAAACUAGACUUCUCAUAGCCGUCUAUUGCUCAGUGGGAGCCUUUUCCUUACCAUCGUAUGCAGAGCGAAUAUUCAGCUGCAGGUUGACUUGUUACUGUAUGCUUGUGUGUAACACUAGCGACAGAGGAGGUACUGUACUGUUCUGGAGUGUUGGUGGCCUGUGAUGGUCAGGUUUCCAAACACCUGCAGACCCCUAAAUGUGUGUUGCCGUGGGUGAUGUGCAGUGUCAGUCAAUGGCCCAUAAGGACUGCUAUCUCUUUCAGGAGCCUAACUGCCACUUUGUGGCUGCGUAACAGGAUCCUGCACCAUACUGGAUAGACAGGGACAAUGAAGCGCCCUCUCAGGUGAUGGUUUAUGGGUCAGAUAGACUUUCCUGUCCCAGCUUGUAGCCUGUCAGCAAACGGAACAUGUUUAUAAAGGUUUUUAGGAUAUAUGUAUCUGUGUUCAUACACUUGAAGUAAAUCCUUAAACAUCCUCAUCAUUGUCCAGUUCAAGGAUAAUAAUGUUUGCAGGGAAAGUUUUUUUUGUUGCCCUUCCUUUGCAGCAAAUAUAUUGAGUCUUUAGGAUCACUGUGUCGUUUUACUGUUAGCUAGGUGUCAAACAGAGGUCUGACUUCCUUUAAACGAUAGGAAAGCUCUGCCAUGUGCUUGAUGCCAAACCACAAGUCUGCUUACAGAGUGCCAGCACAGCAGGUCAGAGUGUCUGGGAAAGACCUUACUGCUCUCAGCUUAUCUUUUUGUUAGUUUACAAGACAGGAAAAACAAAGACAAAGAAAAGCCUGUCUAACUAUGUAAUAUUCACAGACAAAACUAAAUUGGCAGCAAGAUAUACAAAAGGUAAAGGACCACCUCUGCCAUGAAAACAGGUGCAGAACCUUGUGUUUAAAAGCAAGUUUUUAACAUAACCAUAUAAAACCUAUUCAGCCAGUGAACUUCUUUUGUUUUGUUUUGUAAAACUCUGUAGAUCAAUGUAUACAUGUUACAAUCUACAUUAAUGCCGUUUUAAUUGACUUUAAUGUAUGGUGUCACUGAUGUCCUGUGAAGAUGAUGAUUUUCAUCUUUGGUUCAGAAUGUAGGUCAUGUAUAAAAGACACUUUCAAUAAGAAUAUUUGACUUAAUACAUUGUAUUUAAAGCUCCAGUGAGGAACUUUCCAUCCGUCUGGACUUUAGCUCCCCCUGUGGACAAAUUGGGAACGCUUGUAUUGUUGCUGAUUUUGUCUUGUCCAUGUGAGAGUGGAAUUAAUUGAUAAAAACUUAUCUUGUUGUCUUGUUACAGUGACAUAUCACUCACUGUGAGUAUAUUAUCUGUAUGAAAAGUAACAAAGGUUGUUUCAUGAGUGGACCGACCCCUCACAGCACUUACAGGCAUUGAUUUGAUGGUUUAGUUUCAGGUUUGAUGGUGAUAAGCUUGGCUUUCAGCACAUACCUGAUUAUCAAGCUGAAAAUUCUACUUUUGAUUAAUCUUUAAGUCCUCCCAGACCAACCACGGUAUAAAUAUCUGUUUUAAAGAUGUGAUUUCAUGUUAAAAAGUUUCUCAUGGUUAACAGUGAAAGUCAGCACGGUCUCAAAACAAUUACGGUAACUUAUCCAUCUACAGACGGAACUCCCCCCACACGCCCGCCACAAAUUUAGAAGACGCAGAUUUGCUUCCUUUGCUGUACACUCACGACAUUAUUGAUGGUUUCCUACUGAAGGAAGUAGACUCUGUAAUCUAUCAGUGUUUCCUGUCACACUGCUGUCCUUUUCCCUGCAAUAAAACCAGAUGUUCAGUCCAGAAAAAAAGUUACACAGACACGCACACCUCAGGCACCUGCAGGGUAGGUAACUUCUCUUUUAUUCACUUUUCCUCCUGCAGUACUUGAAUUUAAACAGUUUUAUAUGAUCAGAGGAGUUGGUUCAGUGUGAUAUUGUGCUGUAAACGCCAGCUGGGUCAGUAGAGCAGCAGCUUGUUUUCCUGGAGAUUGAUCUCUGAGUGUCGGUUACUGCACCGUAGUGACAGACAGGUGGACUUGGCAGUGACAGGAGCCAAACUGCUGAAGCAAAGUGCUGCUUGGCUCAUUCAUGGCACCGUAAUUAAAGUGCAUUGCAUGCUGAUUAUUUUACCUGGAACUUCUUCAGCUGUAGCAGCAGGGAAUAUCCUGUGUCCAUAAUCUAUCUAAUGUCAUCGUUUUUUUUACUCCUUAAUUAACCUUCCUCCUGUGUUAGCUUUUAGUAUGCACCCACUUUGUUAAGGGUCGAUUUUGACUGUGUCUUAAAUCAGAUGUAAAUUACACUAAAAAAAAUUCUCUAUCAUUCAAUUUGGUUCUCAUCUCUAGGUUACAUUGUCAGGCUUCGUUAUCCAUGAAAAUAUUGUUUGUAAUAUUUUUGUUGUGGUCCUCUUGGCCUUUCUUUGUCAGUAUACCCCUCAUACAGACAUCUAUACUGAAUUGAUCUCACGUGUCUGGACAUGCCCAACGUUGUUUUUUGUGCAGGGAAAAACACGGCAAAAUGAGAAAUGAGAAUUUCCUAAAUCUCACAUGAUUGGAAGAGGAUCUGACUGUCAGUGUGGUGCCUGACAGUGCACUUAUGAUUACAGUUUUUGAUUUAAUAAUUAGAUAUUGAUCUAACUGGGUUAACAGCGAGCAUAACACGAAAAGUGUCAUAAUUUGAAUGAGAGCAUUUUGUAAUUUAGUCAAUUUAAUUUUUUUAUUUUUAUUUUGUUGAAACAGAAUUUCCUGACCAAGUCAAAAAGUCUUGAUGCAAAAAAGCAAAUUUAAGUGGUUCUUUUAAGCGUUUAAAAUAAAAAUAAAAUAAAAAUAAAAUGAAAUAAGAUAAAAUAGAGUACAGUCCCUAAUACAGGAGGAGGGUUAAAAUCUAGAUUUUGUUUCGUUCCAAAUCUGAUAUCAAAGAGAAUUUUGUCUGCAGGGAGUCUGUUCAUUCUUGCGCUUGUUUGGAUCAAGACUGAUGUCUCUUACAUGAACAAAGCCACAGAUUAGAUAGCAGCAGCUGAAUUUAGAUUUGUCAUAAGCACUGAGGAUGUGGUCAAGGCCACUUAUGGCUCCGACUGUGGGUUAUAGAUAUGCACACAAACAUGCAGGAAGUGUUUUCCCUGCUGGAAAGAAUAUAUCCCAGGUUGUCAAUGAUUGUCAAACCAAGCAAGGGCAUGUUUUGAGUUGUAGCAUCCUCUAGAAUACAGAUAACUCUUGAGGAAAACAGGACACAAAGGAGGGACUAAGAACCAGGUCAAAAAUAACUGCAGUUUUAAAAUUUGGUUGAAGAGAGUUACAAAAGCAUCAUUGUUGCGUAAAUACUCAGCUCUGUUGUGAUACUUUUCUGUUUGGUCCCAGAGCCUUGAGGAGCGCUGUAACAAAAUCCUGAGGAACAUGGAGGCCUCCCUGACAGCGCGAGAUCGCGUGGGCAUCCAGGAUUUUGUUCUCCUUGACCCCCACACGAGUGAGAGUGCCUUCCUGGAUAACCUGAGGAAACGCUUCCAUGAGAAUCUAAUUUACGUGAGCCUUCCUCUGUGACAUAAUAUUUGACAAACUCACUCUAAUUAAACCCCCAGUCCUCCACCUUUGACCCUUAAAGGUCCUUUUGCUGUAUCACCUUCUGCUGAAUCUGGCAUCUUGUGUUGCUGAAACAGCAGCUCUCGUUCUUUUAAUUUGCAGAGUGAGCAAUUUAAAGGUUAUCGCUGUCCGUAAGGUCUUAUAGAGACAUCAUCUAACUUAUUACUUUUGAUAAGAGGAACAAAAUUACUGAUCAGCAAAGUGAUACAUGGAACUGCUGGAGUGCUGGAAGUGUUAUUUGAUUGUGAUGUAGUUUCUGGGAAAAACAACCGCUGAUAAUGUCAAAUGUGCAAGAGUCCCAGAAUAUGACUUCCUGUCUCUGUCUUUCUCUGCAGACCUAUAUUGGGACUCUUUUGGUGUCGGUCAACCCGUACAAAGAGUUAGAUAUCUACAGCAAGAAGCAGAUGGAUACGUACAUGGGUGUUAACUUCUUUGAGCUGCCACCCCACAUGUAAGAUUUGUUUUAUUCUUUUAAUCAUUUAUUUAUGGUGGAGACCUGUCAGUACUAUGAGUUGAGUCUUCUUAUGUAAUUUAUGCAACAGAAGGAAGGCUGUCACUAUACCAGAUUAUCAGCUUACUAUCACAGGUGUUAUAUUAUCAAACAUCACAUAUUAUCACAUUUCCAAAUUACAUGCAAUCAUCCAUUUUUAAUGAUUUUCAAAUUUGUGAUUUAUCCACAUCACCUGCCAUGUGAGUGAAACUUGCACAGAAAGGACAUCACCUCAUAAAUAGUGGUUUCUAAUGCUUUUAUUUUGAUAUUGUUCAUCUAGCGUUCAGAUAGCUUUAUUUUCUGCAUGCUUUUAUUUUUAAGUGUACGUUACUUCUUGUAGAUCGUGAGUUGUGUGUCAUGGUUUUGAGUUAAGCAAAAAGGAAAGAGCCCAAAUGCAGAAACAAAAAGAUUUAUUCAAAAUGAAUUAAAUAAAAAGCAACGAAAACUUACUUAGAGUGUCCAACAGAAAACCUCCCAAAGGCACAAUGAACCAACAAAGAAACAGGAGAAGACAAGGACGAUACACACACACACACACACACACACACACACACACACACACACACACACACACACACACACACACACACACACACACACACACACACACACACACAGGGAAACGAGCAACGAGAGGCAGGUGAGACACUAAGACACAGGUGCAGACAAUCACUAAGGAGGGAAAACUGAGGAAGUAAAACAAGACUAGAAACACAGGGAAUAAGCGACGACUAAGUAAACCAGGAAACACUGAAAUAAGGAGUAAAACACUGAGAACAUAAGGGAACAGGGGUCGGACACAAACUGAAAACUCACAUGACAGGACUACAGGAGAACAGGAACAAUAAGGAACAGAAACACGAGGAAAAAUACACUCAAAUCACAGGGAAAAACUCAAAACAGAACAUAUCGUGACAUUGUGGAUCUGAUUGAAACCAGUGAGAGGAGCAGUCAGAGAUCAUAAAUUAUCGAGACAGAGACAAGCUUUGACAUUGAUUCACAGUAAAUUUAAGUAUUUCAAAGUGUCUCAUCAUCGCUCAGAGGGCUGCUACAUGCUAGUUUGCUAGCAUGACUACAUGUGCCUAAUUUUUACGUGUCAAAAUGUCAAAAUUUUCACAGAAACUGACUUUGAUGCAUUAUUAUUAUUUUUUUUCAGUUAUGCGCUGGCAGACAACGUCUUUCGCACCAUGCAGUCUGAAUUCAACAACCACUUCAUCCUGAUCUCAGGAGAGAGCGGCGCCGGUAAGACCGAGGCCUCCAAGAAAAUCCUGCAGUUCUAUGCUGUCAGCUGUCCGAGUACCAAACUCUUAAACAAUGUCCGGGACAGGCUGCUGCUGUCCAAUCCAGUGCUCGAGGUCAGUGACAUGGAUGAAUGAGCCCCCCCCCCCCCCCUUUUUGCCGUUCUUGACCAUUUGUGAUCAACUUUAUGUCUCCAAGGCUUUUGGAAAUGCCAAAACCCUGAAGAAUGACAACUCAAGCCGCUUUGGGAAAUACAUGGACAUCCAGUUUGACCACCAGGUGGAGUGAAAUAUCUUCAUUUUAUAACAAUACAGUGAAAAUUAUAAUGACAUUAAAUCAAACUUUGAGCACAGGACAUGGAUUACCUUUCUCCCCCAAGGGUGGUGCUGUUGGUGGUCACAUCCUGAGCUACCUGCUGGAGAAGUCCCGUGUGGUGCACCAGAAUCACGGAGAGAGAAACUUCCAUAUCUUUUAUCAGCUGGUGGAAGGUGGAGAGGAAGAUCUGCUCCGCUGGCUCGGUCUAGAGAGGAACUGCAAGAACUAUAGUUAUCUAGUGCAGGUCUAUGAUUGAAAAAAAUCCAACAACACUUCACUCAUUUAGUGCAACAAAAUCCCAAACUUUUAAUCUUUGUCUUUUCAGGGUGAUUGUGCCAAAGUUAGCUCCAUCAAUGAUAAAAGCGACUGGAAGACGGUGCGAAAAGCCCUCUCUGUGAUAGAGUUCAGUGAGAGUGACAUAGAGGUGAGAUAGCACUUUAAAUCUUCACAUACUGAGACUAAAACCUGCCUUCAGUGAUCCAUGUUGAUUUUUUAUUUUGAGUGUCAUUGCAGAACCUGUUUGGGAUAAUCGCAAGUGUGCUCCAUCUUGGCAACAUCAAGUUUGAUGCAGAUGCUCGAGGUUACGCUUCUCUCAGUAACUACCAGGAGAUGCACUGGGUGUCAAAGGUGAGUCCAAACAAACUGCAGAUAUUUUGAACCCUUUUGUUUCUCUUGAAGGUUAAGGAGGAGACCGUGUUACUCUUUGGUUUUCUUUUUUCUUUUGUUACGCAGUUGUUGGGGAUCCCUGCUCAGGUGCUACAACAGGGUUUAACUCACAGGAAGAUUGAGGCCAAAUCAGAGGAGGUGAUUUGACUUUUCUUUUGUUUGUUUUUUUCAACUCAAAGUAAAAAGUUUGUUUAAAUUGUUUGUCUUGUAAAUGAUUUUGUGAUCCUGAUGUUAUAGGUGCUCACUCCCUUCUCUGUGGACCAUGCAGUAUAUGCCCGGGAUGCUCUUGCCAAAGCCGUCUAUGGACGCACUUUCAACUGGCUGGUCAACAAGAUCAACGAAUCUUUGGCUAACAAGGUGAGCACAAAGCUACUCGGUCCCAUCGAGAACACGUAAAAUUUGGAAAAAAAUUAAGAUACAAAGAUUUUAGCAGGUAUGGUUUCAAACCUCUAAGUAUAGUUGGGGCCCUAAGACACAUUUUACUUCAAGUCAUGAUACAAAUGUCCCCUUUGGUAUGGAAGUACCUUAGGGUCAUAGAAAACAUUUUAUCCAAAGAGACAAGUUAGAUCACCCUUCAAUUUUUUUUAAAAGCCAUUUUAAAAAUGGCUGCCGACAAUAAACCGCUUAUACACCAGACCCCGUAUCUUUGCUUCUGUUAGAGCUAUAAUCAUAAUAUUGGUGUCAAAGUGCACAUUUUUGGGGUCUAGGAAUUCAAUUAAAUAGGUUUCAAUGUAAAAAACCCAAUGCUUCAUUCAUUACCAUGACAGUGGGAGGUAAAAUAUGCUAAUUUCAUGAAAAAAUGUACGUUUUGACAGGGUAACUUACCCCCCCACCACCCACCUAGUAACCAAAUUUGAAAAACAGGUGAUUCUCUUUCCAUAGGGCAAAUUUUUGUGUUUAAUCUAGGCCAAAGAUUGGUCUGAAAUUGGAGGACAAACAAGUAUAGACUAUAAAAAAACCUCAAAACACAAUUUCUAUGUGACUUUUGUAGGAUUCCUCCAGAAAAACCGUGAUUGGUUUGCUGGACAUCUAUGGAUUUGAGGUUUUCAACGUGAACAGGUAAGCUAUAUGAACUGAUUCUUCUGCUGUACAAAUAUAAAUUCAAAUGUUUUCUUAUUGAUAGUUUCUUUGGUUUGUUGCAGCUUUGAGCAGUUUUGCAUCAACUAUUGCAACGAGAAGCUCCAGCAACUUUUCAUCGAGCUGACUCUCAAGUCAGAGCAGGAGGAGUAUGAGAUGGAAGGGAUUGAGGUUAAGAUGCUUGUAACUUUAAACCUUGUUUCUUUGUCGUUCACAGUGGUACUAAUAUUCUCGAAUAUCCUUUUUUUUUCUAUGCACAGUGGGAACCAGUGCCAUAUUUCAACAACAAGAUUAUUUGUGAUCUAGUGGAGGAGAAACACAGAGGGAUCAUCUCUUUGUUGGUAAGGAGAUGGUUGAGUGGUCCUACAGAAAGACUAAUAAUACAACAGCAGAGAUCAAAUAUUGAUGGUUUGACCUUCAUACAGGAUGAGGAGUGUUUACGGCCUGGAGAAGCCACAGACCUCACCUUCCUGGAGAAGAUGGAGGAAAAGAUGGGUGGUCAUCCUCAUUUUUUAACGUGAGCUUUAUGUUUUUGCUUUUACUUUUUAAAAGUUUGAGAACUUGAUUGAUUAAGAUGACAGACACAUCACAAAGUAACCUCUCUUUGUCUCUAGUCAUAAACUUGCAGACCAAAAGACGAGGAAAACACUGGACAGAGGAGACUUCCGCCUCCUGCACUACGCUGGAGAGGUGACCUACUGUGUUGUUGGUAAGAAAUGAAAUACAUCAAAGAGUGUUUCUUACUUUUACGGUAAGACUAUGUCAAUUUAUAAUGGAAGAGCAGGUGGAGACAGACAAAGAGAUCACAAAGCAACUUUGUAUUGGGUUUGCUGGCAUUACCAAAUAUUGCCUACAUUUCAGGGAUACAGCCAGUAUCCCUGAAAUAUUGUCUUUUACACAAAACGUGCCAUCUAAUAAAAAAAAUCUCAUCCUGCUGACUUUUAACAAUCAAAUAUAUCACUUAUUGGUAAUGUUUAAUGUGCACCGCUGACCCCUCUCUUGGGUUUCUGCUUCGAGUUAGCAUGUUACAAGAGUACUGUACAUGUUAAAAAUACAUUUCUAGUACUAGCAAAUCAAAAACACCAUAUUAGACUUGGUUUGUGAUUAAUCGAAAGACAGGUUCUGUACGAGACAAUAUCUUGGUAAGGGUUUGAUUCUGAAACAACUUUUAUGUUUUUGGGGAAAAAGAUAUCCGAAAGGCAGGGUCCAUACUGAAAAUUAUGUUAGCAGCCUGUAAAAAGGCGAUUACAAGAAAAUGGUACAGGACGGACCCACCAUCACAGGAAGGCUGGUUGAAAAUUAUGGACGAAAUAUACCCUAUGGAACGACAGACUUAUAGAAUAAGGACUCGAGGAGAUCAAUGCUGCCGGAAAUGGGAAAAAUGGACCGAAUACAUUAAAACAACAAGACAAAGACAUUCACACUGACAAAGAAAAAUGAUCAAACUGUAGAGGCAUGGUGAUGCAACGUGUUUUUUUUUUCUUUUUUAUUUAUUUUUUCUUUUUCCUUUAUGUGUUCCCCUUUCACCCCCACAUAUAGUGUAUUAUACACUGUUGAAGAAAACCAAUAAAAAUAAAGUAUGAAAAAAAAAAAAAGACAGGGUCACAACUUUCAACUUUAAAGUUUUCCUCUUUAAACUUUCAGGUUUCUUGGACAAAAACAAUGAUCUGUUGUAUCGAAAUGGUAAAGAGGUAAUUUUCUUACUUCAUUUUAUUUCACAAGUUGAAGUCUGAAGGAGGUUGGAUGAUGACAUUGAAAAUAAAUACAAAUAUAUUAGAUUCUUUCUGUUAGGUACUAACAACGUACAUCGUAACAUUGAAGCAUAGAUAUCAGUGUUUCCUCUGAGUACUCUGUGCGACUUUUAAAAUUCUUCAGUGUUAACAGAAACAAACAAAACAAAACAGAAAAUAAUGUGAAGUCUUCAUUACAUUGUGAUUUCAGGUAAAUACUGUAUAUUUGAAACAUCUUCCUGCUCUGUUUCAGGUCAUGCGUCAGUCUAAGAACGCCAUCAUCAAACACUGUUUUCCUCCUACUGAACCGGACAGCAAGAGGAGACCUGAAACUGUAAGAAAUGAGUCAGACAUGCCUGAUGACACACUGAAAUCAUGAAAAUCCCAGUCCUUGAUACUUUAACAUUUGUUACUUUCCCAUGACUCCUGAGGUGGUGACUCAGUUUAAGAGCAGCCUGGUGGGUUUGACUGAGAUCUUGAUGUCUAAAGAGCCAUGGUACGUCCGCUGCAUCAAACCCAACGAAGCUAAGCAGCCUGGUGAGGCAUUACUAGAACUGCUAGAGUUCCUCCAUUACGAUCAAAAAUUAUACCUCUACUCUAAAUCAACCUUACGGUUAACCCGCCUCGAAUUAUUUCUCACAGGACGUUUUGAUGACGUGCUGAUAAGACACCAGGUGAAGUACCUGGGGUUGAUGGAGCACCUCAGGGUCAGGCGAGCCGGGUUUGCAUACCGACGUAAAUAUGAAAUCUUUCUCCAGAGGUACCUAAGCAGAAUUCAGUGUUUUUGUUUUCAUUCAUAAUCCCUUAUACUCUUUCUCUUGCAGGUUGUCAUUUUUAUCUGUUUUUUUUAAACUAUAAAUCUGUGCGUGGUCUCUUCUUUGCUCAGGUAUAAGCCUCUAUGUCCAGACACUUGGCCCAAGUGGAAAGGUACAGCAGCAGAAGGUGUGAAGCUCCUGAUCAAACACCUGGGCUUCAGAUCUGAUGAGUACAAAAUGGGCAGGUAAGCAGGUGAUAACGUGUUUUUUUUUAUUAAUGCCAGCUAACCUGAAUCUGAUCUGCUCACUUGUCUUUUUUCCCUCAAGGACAAAGAUUUUCAUCCGGCAUCCGAGGACUCUGUUUGCUACUGAAGAUGCCUUUCAGGUCUGCAAACAUAAACUAGGUGAGAUGACAAGCUGUGUACUUGGCUUUAACGCUGCAUUUAGCAACACAACACUCCUGAAUAAACACUCACACUGUGGUUGAUGCAGCAACGAGGAUUCAGGCCAAAUACAAAGGCUACAGAGUAAAAGGAGACUUCCUGAAACAAAGAGAGGCUGGUGAGUGUUUCCACAGAUUUUCAUUGAAACUUUUAUGGAUAUAAUUACCGGUUACCGUGUCCUACUUACACAGCAACAAAGAUUGAGAACUGCUGGAGAGGUCUGAUGGCCAGGAAGGAGCGAGAAAAGAGGGCGUGGGCCGUCAAAGUUAUCAAGAAGUAAGUUUAAACUGUGGAGUCUGCUGAGGGUUACACAGUUUCAUGAGACCCCACCUGACUCAAACGUUUGUUCCAGGUUCAUUAAAGGCUUCAUGACCAGAAAUCAGCCGGCUUGUGUUGACAACAGUGAGUACCUUGCAUAUGUAAGGCAGAACUACCUCACACGGCUGAUAGAAAACCUCCCAAAAACAGUCCUGGAGAGAGACGCUUGGCUCACCCCUCCUCCCAUAAUGCAGGAGGUGGGAUAAAUCUCUUUUCUUGCAUCAGUUCUUUCUCAAUUGUAAGCCUGGUUGUAGGAUCAAACGUGUUUUUUUUUUCUAUCAAGGCUUCCCAGCUGUUGAAGAAGCUCUACAUUCGCCACAUGGUGAGAAAGUACGUCAGAGGAAUCACUGCACAGAGGAAAGCACAGGUAAAGUGAACUUCUUCCAAAUCCAAGAAGGUUUGCAGACAACACUGGGAUCUGGGACAAAAUUCUUUCUGUUUUUAAUCAUUGUGUCAUUAUUUAGCUGCUGUUAAAAGAGCAGGCAAGCUCUAUGUUCAAAGGAAAGAAGGAAAACUACCCCUUCAGCGUGUGCAGACCGUUUGCAGACACCAGGAUAAGUAAGAUUGAAGUUAUUCUCUUGUCUUUGGUUGUAUGUGUGAAGAGUUAGAGAUGCAAACAUACAGAGUAAAAACAAAAGAUUUAUGAUGAGUUUAGGAAACGUUUUCCUGAUGCCCCUUUAGGUGCAGAUGACAUAAGCAUCAAAGUGCUUCAGAUGAUUCGACACGAGCACAUCAAGGUAGGAGGAUAAUGAACUCUAUUCUGCAUCUUUGUCCCUUUUUUAUUCCCUUUGACCUUUUGUAUCCGCGUCCCCCUCACAGUACAGCGUGCCAGUGGUGAAGUACGACAGAAACGGGUUCAGGCCUCGUCCCCGGCAGCUCAUCUUCUCACAGGAAGCUGCUUACCUGGUGGAGGAGGCCAAGAUCAAACAGCGGAUAGAUUACCGAUCUCUGAAAGGUAGCAAGGAAGACCGAAAGGAAUUGAAUCUUUCUGUCGCAGACGUGUUUUUAUCUAACUAGAAAUGUGGUUCUUUUUUAACAAGGUGUGUCCGUGAGUAACCUGAGCGACAACUUCCUGAUCCUUCACGUCGCAUUCGAUGACAUCAAACAAAAGGUAUCCACUGACUGGAGUCACAAACUAUUGGAAAUAAAGAAUCCAGACAUGUCUGUGUUUCAUUAACUUCAGGAUGGAUUACUUCAUGAAAACAUUUCUAGGUUAAAGAGACUCUGAUGACUUAAAAAAACACAUUUUAAUUGGAUUGAAGUGCAACGGUUUACCAGAGAGAUCCAGUUGAUCAAAGGAAAUGUGUCAUAGAUUCUCAGAAAUGUGGUCUUGGUACGCUCAUGCUGAGACCCUUACAUUUACAUCGGGAACAUCGAUUUAUCAUUCAGUCAGUUCAUUCAAUAACUCAGUAAUGGAAUUCAUCAUGUCAUUGAGUUAAAGUACUGACGUCUCAUGUUUGUAGGGGGAUCUAGUCCUCCAGUGUGAGUACCUGUUUGAGGCCCUGACCAAGCUGGGUUUUAUUGCCAACAAGCAGAACUGCAUCAAAGUGGUCCAGGGAAGGUCAGGAUCUUUUAAUUUCAUACACUAUUUAAUUCAAAAGCUAAAUAAACAAAUAAAAAUGCUCAACUUACUUCUUCGUGUCAUGUGCCAAUUUCAGUGUGCGUUUUGACAUCCAGCCUGGUAGAGAGGGCUUUGUGGACUUCAAGAGCGGUCAGGAGUCCAUGGUCUACAGGGCGAAGAACGGCCACUUGAUGGUGGUGAGGUGGUGUAAAUUAAAGAACCAUAUUCCUUCAAAGUGAAAUAAUGUUUUUGUUUUAUCAGCUGAUGAGGUUUUCACUCUCUUCAUUAGGAGUCUACAAGAACCAAGUCCAGGUGAUGCUGCUGGUGAUGUGCGUUUGUGAUCCUGCGGGUUUUAGUGACAGCUGUGUUUGUCCUGUUGCCAAUCAGUGUUUUACAUUUUUACUUUUUGCAUCUAUAUGUUAGUCGUCGUAUUCAGUCAUGUAUUCAUAACUAUGCAGAAGCACAGACGGUAUCUCAGCUGAUGUUAGUGGACAAUGAGCUCAUAGAAGCCAAACCUGAGUUUCAGUGUGUCUGCUCUUACCUUAAAUAUCGAGGCUAUAGUCCAGCACAGGUUCAUGGAAAGGAACCGUCCUUACAGCAAUAGAGGCACUUGUAAUCUUCUCUUUGUGUUAAACUUCAGUGAAAUUGUGUCGAGAUGAUAGAUAAUAUGAAACUUGCUGUAUGUGCAGCCAUGAUUGUAACCAUGUUUACAACACCUUACCCUCGCUGUAUUGUUUCAUUAAAACAUGUUUAACCAGA